GGCUCAGUGCUGCCUGCCGGUGCCGGGGACUGGUGGUGAGGAGCCCGCUGCAGCGCGUCAGGACCGGACCGUGAACCCGGAGACGGUACACACCGAGCCGAAAGGAGACACAGGUGAGCCCGGGGAUGUGCGCGGGGCCUGGCUGCGUCGGGUAACGGUCAGCGCCGGACGGUUAGCGGGCUGUAGUGUCGUGUUUCUGCCGGUGGAUCCGCUGACAGACAAAAGAGCGGCUCUGUUCGCUGUUUAUUGAUGCGGGCUGACAUGUUGGCGACCAGCAGACAACUGUUAAAAAUGUGAAAAUACCAGCGGGGACGUGAACGGUUAUCUGGAUUAUAACGAUGUUGAUAAGAUGAUAACGGAGCUGUUCGCGGAGAUGUUUUGAUUUCAUUGUGAUGGAAACGUUGAGAGCGGAAAGCCUCCAAUCCGUUUCAUUGUUUGAUCCGGAGUCUCUGGGGGUUCAGUCAGACCGGAGAAAGAACCAGCCUCCUCUAAAUACUCGUUAACGUUGAUUUAAAGAGCACCGGGGUGCAGAUUAGACGUUAAAACGGUUUUAUCGAGUUAUAUUGAGGCGAAUCUACGUGAAGAGGCGGAUUAAAAGGCGCUAAGAGGAGGCCGGGGGGGCUGAUGCCUCGCAGCAAUUAGGAAGAAAAAUUCGAAAUGCAUCAGCCAUUUAGACUCAACUGGCUCCAUAUGCACCUAAAUGGCUGCCUGGCGCCUGACAGCAGAAGCAGCAUUUCACUGUAAGGGCUCAGUGCAGGGGCGUGUCUACACUUUUUGGACUAAGGUGGCCCAACUGGGGCUCUGACUUCUCAAGGAUGGCAUAAAGUAUGUGUGCACACACAUGAAUGAGCUGCAUUUAUUUACCCUUUCUGUCUCCUCCAAUCACAUCUGAUCUAACAACUGCCUCUAAAGCAUCACUCAGAUGGUUCACUCCUGUGUGUUGUAUCAGGUUUUUGACCAGUUUGGGGGGAUUUUACAGACCUCCACUGAGAGGACAGGACUGCGAUUAGAGGCUGAACCAGGACAGAGAGAGCGAGGAUCACAUGCAGAGAAAUGUCAAAGUAUGUGGCUGCAGUUACAGGACUGCAAAGGAGAGACCACAUCUCCAGGACCGGCAUAUUGUUGCAGGGUUAUGCUUGAUUCAGGAUAAGGAUUAGGGUUAAAGCUUAGCAAAAAAAAAAAGAUAAGCACUAGUGCAGAUAGGCACUAAAAAUAGUCACCUUAGAUUCUAAAACUGGUUAGGUUGGAUACUAAAGUGCAGUUGGAUUCUUGAAAUGGUUAUGGUUGAAUACUAUAAGUGCAUUGAAACUCUAAAAUGGUUAUAUUAGAUUAUAUAAGUGCAUUAAGACACUAAAUAUAGUUAUAAAUAGACACUAGAGAACAGUGAAGGACUAAAAUUGACUAUUUUAGAAACUAGAAAGAUGUGGUCCUUUGUGAGCACCAUGGAGGUCUCAUCCCCAGAAAAAGUCAGUUAUGGUCUCAGAAAUGUGGUCCUGAAUCUGCAGACUCUGUUCCCCUAGCUUCUCAGUAAAAGAGGUGCUUGAUUUAACUGUUGAGCUAAACCGUCACCAAAGUGUGCAAUUUUAUAGACAAAAUGUAUAUGUCGACCGAUUGGCAAGAUAUAAAUCUUGUAAUUAAAUAUUUUAAGGACACAGAAAGAGGUUUUCUGUUUUAGGGUACUUCUAAAGUUACAAGUUAAAGGUCCUUACACACCAGGGCCGACGCAAAUAUAGAGCGCGAAAUUAUUAAAUAUUUGGAUGAGAAUUUUGACGCCCCUUACUAUACACAUCAAGCUCGAUGCGAUUUUGCGACUUUCGGGAGGGGAAAAGACACAUUCGGGGGAAGACUUUUGCCGGAGAAAGUCCCGCCUCCUUCGCCUCUGAUUGGCUAGAAAAGCUGGAAACGUCAUCACACGCUCAAGCCAAACGGUCAGCACUUACAGCCAAUCAGAGGCAAUAAGAUAAGCAUAUGAAACUAUGGUAACAACCGUUAGCAUACAUUAGCACAGAUGAAAGUUAAAACAAAGACGUUUAGCAAACUGUUAAAGCACACAAAACAUCGUCAUAUGAGAACUUCGACGCUAUCACUCUCCACAAGUUUUCCUUCGGGUCGUUAUCUUUGUAAUGUUUGUGUCUUUUAUCAAAAGGCACUCUGUUUUCCGACAUGUAAACAAUCAGCUGGUCGGCCAUGUUGGAUAUACUGGUGAAUCAGACUUCGCAACACCAAGAAAUCUGAUUGGUCAGAAGUGGACACACAGUAUGCGAAACUUUAAAAAAAUCGUGAUCCGAAAAAAUAAAUGCCCCACUAUCGCAGGACAGGAAAACGUCGCUGAUGUGAACGAUUGUAUUGACAGGAUACAGGUUCGAAAAAAAAUAUUGAUGUCCGAAAUAAUCACACGACAAAAACGAUCCCGUGUGAAAGGACCUUAACUCUUGCACACUGUCUAGUUUCUGCUAUUUUAUUGACUCGGCGUUGUAGCUUGAUGGCUCUGCUCAAACACUAGAUGGCAGUGCAAUUUUUGUGCCAGUCUUGGCUAGUUCCUGGUUUCGCUUUGUCCUCUGGUGGUUCGUGAACAGGACACCAUGUUAGGUUGCAGCUGGAGAUGAUAAAUGUUGAGCAGCAGCUGAUCAUAGUGCGAUUUUUUGCAAAGAAGAGGGAGAGGAAGUGGAGUGUACAGUUGCCAAAUUGUAGUAGAUGGUGGUGUCAGUAAUUUUGUAAAUGCAGGAUAUAAGAUGCUACCCAUUGAUUCAUUGGUACUACUUAUGCAUUUUUUAGAAGGUUCCUGUCAGACUAUGUUCAGCACAGGUUUGAUGCAGAGGUAUAGAUUAGACGUGACUGUUUUAUAUUCUGUGUACCUGUCCAACAAGAUAAAUCUGUUAAUUUAUUUUCAGAUUGAAAGAAAAUGUGCCGCAGUUCAGUAAAACCAGCCCUGCCUUUGACAACGCAAACAGCUGAUAAUAUUUCAGGUGUUUUGGGUGGUGAGGGGGGCCAACACUGUCCCUAAACACCCCCCUGAGGAUGCUUCUCUCUGUGUGAUCCAGGCCGAGCGGCUGAUUGUAUCCUGAGCAGGGGGAUUAGCGGAGGAACAUGUCCAGAUGACGUUAGAGAGCGAGGGGGGAUCAAUAUUUAAUGUGUGCUGCCUAUUAUUCUGCAGUAUGCACGCGCUCAUGUCGUGCCUGUUGGCCUGAGCUGGUGUCUGCUCUGCUGCUGCAAGAUUUACAUGAGUCACAUGCAGAUGCAUGACUGCUACCCUGCCUGACUGUGCUGUGUACUCCCCAUUACAUUAGCGGAUGUCGAGUCCGAUUGUAUUAAUGCAGCAGUCGUCCUUUAACAAUCGAUCACACUCAUUCACAGCUGAAGUUCCAGUCCAGAUAAACAGUAGUCCAUCGUUCGGAGAUGUUUGCACAGUAAAAAAACGGUGUCUUUGUGAGCCGACAGCAGGACUGCUGCUGUAAUCUCUGACUUUGCAGCAGCUGUUUGUGUCUCCUCGUGCUGCUCGCUCCACAAUCCUUCCACCUGAGCGUGUGCAGGUAAAGUGUCUGCACAGCCUUUUGGUUUGUGAGAUAAAAGUUGGCAGACCUUGAUACACUCAGCCCUCCACUCUCACUGUGAUAGUGGGUCUGUCUGUAUGAAUGAACGGUCCCUGCUGUUGAAGAGUGUGAAUGAACUGUAGUAUUCUCAAUGAUGGAGUCCUUCCUCUUCCUAUUUCAGGCUCAGGGUCCCCCGGCAGCCCCGCUAGCAUACAGAUGAAGACGCUGUACUGUUAGGACAGAGCUUUACAGUAGCUUUACACUGCUGUGGAGGGAUUUUAUUUUUUUAUUAACAAUAAUCAUUGUUGUUUUAGCAUCAUUUAGCUGGACCUUUUCUAGGACAUUCAGGUCAGUGAUACAGGAAAGAGAAUCACUCCUGCUGCAUGAAUCAGUCUGAAAUGAUGAGUUUGGACAUGUUUGAAUACCUGCACUUCAGAUAAUUCAGCUCUAUGAAACCAUUGUCUCCAAGCGUGUCCUGAUCAGAAGCUUUUGUACCCGAAAACAUGAUCAGAUUGCAGAUAUUACAAUUUAUCUGCGCAUUUGAAAAUGACUAAUGAUGAAUAAUUAUUUAUCAUUAUAGUCUUCCUUAUCUCAAGGUUGACCGCUGUGAGUUAACCUGUAAUUAUCUCAGUUAUUUCAAGAGCUCUCACUUCGUACUUAUUUGCAGAAUUUUAAUUCCUGAUUAUGUUUCAAAUCACGUUUAAAAUCCCAUUAUGCGUUUGUCAAUACGAGUGCUCGCACCAAAUGUCCAGGUGGAGUCAGUGUGGUGUACAGUGACUCUGAGAUCAUUUGGAUUCCUGACGUCCAGGGAUCCCUGGUUAUUGUGACUCUGACAUCCAGCUCUUGUUUGUGUCCGAUUCUUGUCGUCAUCUGCUCUUUCCUUUGGUUAGGCUUCUACAUAAAACACAUCUGUGCACUCCUGAGAUGCCAGAUAGAGGACAGAAUAAUUAGCCAAUCUGUGAGUACGGAUGAUAAUCUACUUGCAGACUGUGAAUGUUUGUGCACAAAUCUUUGUCUUGGUCUGGCACCUGGAGGACUCUUGAAACAUGCACUUAUAUAAACGCUGAUAAACCAGCCGUCUCUCUGCUUCGUUCUCCAAAUGAGCGCCAUAGAGCUAUCUUGUGAACUGAGCCACAGCGACGGGGAGCACUCUUCGAAUCAUGUAUAUUUAUUUUUGAUUAUCACGGAACAUGAAGAAAACGCGCGUAACUACAUCCAGUUUUUCCGCCAUGUCUAAUUCUGUUCGUUCUGUCUGAUAGUUACUCGCUCUUUUGCGUGACUCCAGCUCAGAAUCGGUGUCAGAGAUGAUUCGCCUCUUCAAACACAAACCUGCAGAAAUAACAUCUCUGCUGAGUUUGACGUGCAGCGGCUUCUUUACCGUUUCUUUAAUGAGAAACUCUCUCUGUUCAGGGAAACUUGUUUGGUGUUUCAUGGUUGCUCCGUGGGCUCAGUUCCCGACCACAUGAAAAAUAAUAAGAGGAAUGACUGACAGUGUAAAUGUUACCAUGCAGACCAGGGGGUUAGCUUUGUGUGCUCUUUGCAGGAAAUGUUUUGUGUCAGAUUUUCUAAUUUUGAGAGGAAUAGGUCUCAGAGAAUUGUGUUUGUUUGUGUCUAUGACAUUUUUGAGACACAUAACGGGGAACAGACUCUGAUUAGCUGCUCUGAGGUUCAAAGGAGAACAGCUGGGAUGAUUUUGCAAAGGGUCCGACAGAAAAGGUGGGCUGUUUGUAAUACAUACAGGACAAAGAAGCUCUAAAGAAACAGACCUCUGGAUAGAAUUCAAGUGUGUUUGUGUUUGGAUGCAGCCUGGAGACUGAUGCAGACUUUAUCUCCCUUUGUGAGAAAACGUUGAAGACUCUCAGACAUUUUAAGGUCAGAUCAUGUUGUGUAACUAAGUUCAUUCAAAGUUGACGAAAAGAAUUCAUUUAAAAAUGAUCAGAAAGCUUUCAAACUGAAAAAUAAUCUGAGUCACAGCCCAGAGAUGUUGGUAGGGUUGAUAUUGUGCUUCCAAUAGGGUAAUAUUUACCUGUAGCCACAAAAGGGACCAAGAGGAGCUCUGGGAAGAGUUCAUUCAGAUCAGAGGUAUAGUGGGGUAUGAUACAUCUGAGUUAUCAUUAAAUUAGACGAAGACCACCAAUGAGGAUCUCUGUUAAUGUGUCUCUUCUCACCUCAUCACUUCCUGAGCGUCUUUCUUUAAAACUGCAGAGUACUUUUUCAAUCGUCUUCUUGAGGUUUCAACUCUCUCCUAAUAUUAAGACAGCAGUAGGAGCCUCACACUGAUCACCUCAGUCUGGUCGCAUUAGUUAAAGUCAGUGCUGCUGGUCAUCCUUGUCCACGCAUUAACCAAUCGGGUUCUUACCUUGAGUAUUUUGCACAUUCUUGGGCGUCUAGACCAGCAGGGUGACAUUAUUAAAUACCCAUUUUCAAAAAAUGUGUGCUCACCUCAAUCUGAAUUUAAAAUAAUACUUGUGGCUCGUGCAGUAGCAUUAUGAUGUACAUUUUUUAAGCUUUUACCUGUCGUUUACGUAUGCCGUUCUCAGUGCAGUGUGCUUGUGCUCUUCUCCUUAUGUGUUCUUUGUUUGCAUGGUGGUCGUUGUUGGAUUUUAAUUAAGUCUCCCCAAGGGAACAGUAAAGUGAAUCGUAUCGAAUUGUAUCGUAUUUCUCUGUGUGAAUGCAGCAAAAGCUGACGCUCAAGUUCGUGAACUUCUGCAGCAGCAAAAAGAUUGCACAGCUGCGGCAGACACUCAUUCUGCGACCAUCCUCUCUACAAAGUGAAAAUACUCAAUAUCAGGUAAUCAGAAGAAUGAAAUAUGCACUGUGCUAUCAAUUUUCAAAUAUACGCCGAAUCCUUUAUUUGCUUUUUUUUUUUGCUGAGGGCACCAGGUCUUUAUAUGAAUGGGGCUUGUAUCAGAGGCAGGCCUUUAUAUCAAAUCCUCUCAGGGUGAGAAUUACAACAGGUUGUAUUUUAGUACAAAAUGAGGCCCUGAUUCGCAGAAAGAUUGCAUGGCUUUUGUACUCACUAAAUCUGUGCAAAUGAGCAAAAAAGAAAAAACCCUUUCUGUAAUUCACGAAGCACAUGCUCAGGGUUCCAUACUCCACAAACUAACCUGCAGAGCAAAUGUUGCCUCUGUACUCCAGUGUUGUUUGCACACAAAUAAAUGAUCCUGUAUGCAUUCAUUUGGAGCUAAACGCAAACAAGCCGCACUGAAAAAAAAUAAAAACAACCACCAGGAUGACCUAGAAAUAAUAAAUCUUUACUGUAAGUAUGACUCUGACAUGACUAUUUCCAUGAUGAUAAGGAGAUAAAUCACUGAAAAUGUCCGUGACUCAACAGACAGGCUGCUAUUAUGCACAACAGAGUAUUCAUUUAUUUGAACAAGCUGCUUUUUUCUAGUUUGCUCCAAGAUGAUUAUAAACUGUGACAUUUUGUCACAUCUGACAUGAAUCAGUUCCACAGUAAAAUGUUGAAGUCCUCUCCAUCCAAGUCAUCGCAGACUCUUUUUAUAUAGGUCAGGAUUAGAGCUCACAGUGCAGCUCUGAGCAGAGGAGAGUGGAAACGCUGACAGGUGUGUUUUCAGUCACAGUCAAACCAAAAACAGGAGCAAACUGCACAAAGAUGCUCCGUGACGUAGUCCACUGCAAAUUUGACAUUGGUAUAUUCACAAAGAUUAAAAGGUGGAGGUAUGACAUCACUGAGAGCAGGUCUUUAUUCAGUCGUAGAUUCACAUUAUCCUGGUCACAGAAGAGGCCACAGUAAAAUGUUGAAGUCCUCUCCAUCCAGGUCAUCGUAGGCUCUUAAUGUAGGUCAGGAUAAGAGCUCACAGUGCAGCUCUGAGCAGCAGAGAGUGGAAACGCUGACAGCUGUAUUUUCAGUCACAGUCAAACCAAAAACACAAAAACAGGAGCAAACUGCACAGAGAUGCUCCGUGACGUAGUCCACUGCAAAUUUGACAUUGGUAUAUUCACAAAGAUUAAAAGGUGAAGGUAUGACAUCACUGAGAGCAGGUCUUUAUUCAGUCGUAGAUUCACAUUAUCCUGGUCACAGAAGAGGCCACAGUAAAAUGUUGAAGUCCUCUCCAUCCAGGUCAUCGUAGGCUCUUAAUGUAGGUCAGGAUAAGAGCUCACAGUGCAGCUCUGAGCAGCAGAGAGUGGAAACGCUGACAGCUGUAUUUUCAGUCACAGUCAAACCAAAAACACAAAAACAGGAGCAAACUGCACAGAGAUGCUCCGUGACGUAGUUCACUGCAAAUCUGACAUUGGUAUAUUAACACAGAUAAAAAGGUGACCGUAUGACAUCAUUGAGAGCCUGUCUUCAUUCGGUCAUAGAGUCACAUGAUCCUGGUGGUCACAGAAGAGGCCUGGCUUCAGGCUGAAUAAUGAUUUAUUUACAGUUUGUCUGUUUGGUGUAAUGAAAGUAUCUUUGGCAGAGUGCUGAAGUUUAGUGAAGCAGCUACAGAGACGAGGUGCUCUUCACAGUGAGUAAUGAUACUGCAGUAAUGUCACUCAGAGAGACAGACUCUGGCACCAGGUUUAACCAUGUGGUUUCAAAUUGUUGGAAGAAUGACCAGCCAACUAAGAAGUCUGAUAAGUUUCCACUGGGAGACCUGAUUUUUGUCAUUUCGGUUCUUUGUAAGAGUUUCUGGACUCUCUGUGUCCUCAGAGUCCGUGCGGAUGUUUGUGGGAUUAAAAUGCUGGCAGUAGACCUCAGCCUGGAUCAGGCCUGGAUUAAUCUGGCUGAUCACACCUUAAACGGGGUGUUCUUCACUCUGGUGACAUGAUGGAAGUUUGAGGCAGUUGUGAACUGUAAAAAACGGUUUCCUGUGAUUCCUGUGAGCAGCUUGUUGUCGCUGUUGCAGCCUGUUCGUGGUUGUGUUUCCCUCUCCCAGCAGCCAUUUUGCCUGAUCACAGCAGGAGAGUCACAGGUGUUAGUAAUAACAUUAAUGAUGGCGUCACUCUGCUCUCUGUAGCUGCUCCAUAUGUUCACCACAUACAUGCUGACUGUGGCUUUUCUUUAGUGCUGAGUUGGUAGAAAACUGAGGCUUUACAGCUCCACUAUGCGUCUCCGGCAAACUUUACUCAACUUAAAAGUUCUUCAUCAGUGAAGCGACAAAAUCCACAUCAGAAAAAGUCACAUGAUGUUGAAAAUAUUGACUCUUGAAGUAAAAAUGUUAUCUCUCACUUUUUAUUUUCAUGUGAAUCCAUAUGGGUUAGUGUCAGGGUGAAAAUGACAGACACCUCAGGCUGCAGGUCGAAUCAGCUGACAUCGUUUCAGGUUAAUUACAGAGAGAUUUAAUGAUAGGACUGGCUGAAGCUGUUUUCUGGUUAAACCUUUAAUUACAGCUGCUCUUUGUGUUGAGAUGAAGUUUAAAACGGUGUUUCUCUUUUCAGUCCUACACAUCACAAAUACACGACCCCAAAUUAUCUGCAACAAAAAGCAAGUCCAAAUCAGAAAACUCUCUUAUUUACCAAAAAAUAAAACACCACGAGUCCAGAUCUGCAUUUGGUGUUAGAAUAAACCAGGCUGGCCAACACUGCAGGGUUCCUGAUUUUCUUAUUUUCCGACAGAGCUCCUCCUGUAGCCUGGUCAUUGUCUGCAGUCCCCUCGUGUGAAUUUCAGCCCAUAGGUGCUUUAAAGCUCUACAAAUCACUGUGGUGUCACAUUAGUGUUUCUGUACUUCCAAAAAAGUCCAGCAAAAUGAAAUAUCUUUAUUACUUAAAAAACUAGCUUCAGAAGUUCAUAGGUUUCUAAUUUAUGUGUUAAGAUUUAGUGCGUGUUAAAAUGCACUGCUUUGAUUUAAUCACUGAAUCCAGAAAAGAAAAAGAAGGGGACUACAGUCCCCCCCCCCAAAAAAAAAAAAAAAAAAAAAAAAAGAGAUCAGGAACUAGUGACAGAGGGCGAAUCCUUAGGGCAGAUCUAGUUAACUUGCUUCUAUGCUGAUCUGUGCCUGUUUCUGUAUCUAAUGUAGGGAGGGUUAGAAAUUUAACUUACAAUAUUUGCAAAAUUCAUGUUUCACAAACUCAGCGAAAGACAGCAGGCUGUAAUGAGGAGUAAAUGAAGUCAGCUUGACAAACAUUUGAAACAGUUAUGAUGUAAAUAUUUCUCUGAUGAGGCUCCGUAUAUUUACCUGCACUUGUGGUUUUUAGGUCUAACUGCUUAAACAUGAGCAAAACGCCCCACAGGCUGAAAAACCUCCACAGAUCACAGAGACUGCCACCAAGGAGAUGUUUGACAGAGUGGUACAAAGUUAGACACCUGGGCAGGUGCGUAAUGAAAACAUGAUGUCUUGGAGUUGUGAAAUGAUUUUCACUAUUUAUCACCAAAUUUCACAUUAAUCACAUCUGUCUUAAUUUUAACUUAAACUCAAACAGAUGUUUUGGGUGUUUUGUUGUCAGUGGAAAGGACUGGGGCUGGGCGAUAAACCGAAAAUUGACCGAUACCGAAACUUACAACAAUAACCGAGGUCAUUCAUGCCUACGUCAGUAUAUUCAGUGUCAAAAAAAUACAUAAAUAAAAGUUGGUUUUGGAUGUGUGUAGGUGGGCUAUGGUUUCAUGUCCCUUUAAGACGCUGUCCUACAUCAGAGACGUGACUCCACCCCAUCCAGUCCGUAACAAAGAGGGAAAGACAGGUGAGGAGAUGGAGGACGGUUCAAAAGUUGUAAAAGCUGGAAAGGCGGCUGAAGUAGACGAAGUUAAUGUGGGAGGGGGUGAGCAGCUUGUGGAGUAGUUAUCGUCCAUUUAUCGUUAUCAAGGUGAACUGCUCAAUAUAUCGUGAUAUUGAUAUGAAGCCAUAUCAUCCAGCCCAUGGAUGGACUGAGAGCUGAAGAGAGAUGAAGAAAUGAAGUAGAAGGCUGAGACGGGGCAGUGUGAUUAUCUGCAACUUUUCAUUCAUUAUCUACCAAAUAUUCACCAGAAACACUGAUACAUUUAAAACUGUGCUGUGUUUCUUUCUUUGGGUCUGCUUUUACUCACCAUUUUGCCUCUUCUGGGACCCGCCCACAACGCUAUCUGAUUGGCUGGAUGUCCGAAUUUGAACUGUUGGAUAUGAUGCUGAAAGGUCCUUUUUGAUCAAACAUUUGCCAGCAGCAUUUAAACAAACUCUGAAUGGAUCUUUGUCCAACAAUUUGGAUGUAAUAGAAGAUACAAAACUGUAUUCAUGCUGAUAUAUCCAAGAAGUGACCCAAAAUAAACCAGAGACACUGUUGGUGUGUCAAGGAGAGGAGGAAAGAAGCAACAGCUCUUUGAGUCAUGAAGAUGUUGUGUCAGAGUCUGAAGUAGAUUAUCCUACAAAUCUAGACACUCUCUAAAUCAUAUCAUGUCUUCAUUCACAUAGCUUAGAUGAUUUUAUGGGAAUUUAAAUGUCAGUUCAUGACGUGUAGGAAAGUUGGAGGAUCUGGCUCUUCAAAAAUCUUCAUCAUCAGCGCUCUAAAGACGUAGAUAACACGUCCACCUGACGCUGAUAGCUCAGUGUGAUCUGAAUAAAUGUGUGCGCUCUGAUGGAGCAGGUAGUGGUGGUUUGGUGUAGUGAAAGAGGAGGUGGGUAACCAGCUGCAUCUUUAUUCUCUGAGUGCAGAGCGUGAUCCAGCAGUCAGAGGCUGUGCAGCUGUGACUAAUCCAGCCGCUGAAUAAGCAGCAGUGUGCAGAUCGCUGCUGCAAUGCUGUGCUGCAUUUUAGCCAGGUGCUGCACAAGGUCACAGCAGUCAACCUGUGAAGAUGCAGACGUCCUUGUGAUCGCUGUGAGCCGAUGGGUGCAGCCAAGGCCAAGAGAUACAGAUAUGAUCCUGGAGAAACAUGGAGGAGCUGUUUGAGAGAGGUGUGUUAACAGAUUUUGAUCGGUGUUAUCAGAGGAAACAGCUGAGGAUACGCAGGGACUUAUCUGAGCACAGAUGGAUGGACUUCAUUGAUCCUAAACUGGAGAAACGUGUCACUGCAGCAGGUUUUCCGAGUAUAUAAAGCAACAAAAAUACAAAUAAAGUAAAAAAAAAAAAAACUGAAGCUUAAACAAAGAAAUCUGAAGGAGACUUAAAAUAGUUGAAAGCUUUGUGACAGGAAAUGUAGGAAACUGUCAGGUGUCGUUUAAUAGCUGUGAACGCUCUUUAGCAGACAGACUCCUGGUUUCUGCUCCAUAAUUAAUUACCUUUGCUCACUAAUGAAUUCAUUCAUGCUGUCAAAUUAAUGAAUUCAUGCUCACAAAUGAGAAAAUUCACUCCAGAGUCAGAAGGGACUAAAGUUGGACGUUUUACUCUCCUGAAGUGUUUUUUUUUUUCACACGGUCUCACUACUCUGAACCAGGUGGGUCCACCUUCACCUGAGGAACGUGAGAGAGUCUGUCUGUAGAUUUAUAAAUGAGAACUGAAUGAAAAGUCAUCACUGAGAGCUCAGGAGGAGAGAGGAGAGCAGGGAGAGGAGCAGGAAAAGAAAAGCAGGGAGAGAAAAAUGAGGAGAAAAGAGAGAGGAGAGCAGGGAGAGGAGCAGGGAGAGACACAGGAGAAAGGAGAGGAGAGAGAAGCAGGAGGAGGAGAGAGAGAGGAGAGCAGGAGAGAGAAGAGCAGGGAAAGAAGCAGGAGAGCAAGGAGAGGAGCAGGAGAGAGGAGAGCAGGGAGAGACACAGGAGAAAGGAGAGGAGAGAGAGAGGAGAGCAGGAGAGUGAAGAGCAGGGAAAGAAGCAGGAGAGCAAGGAGAGGAGCAUGAGAGAGGAGAAGAGGAGGAGAAAAGAGAGAGGAGAGCAGGGAGAGGGGCAGGAGAGAGAAGAGAAGAGCAGGGAGGGGAGAAAGGAGAGAAGGGAGAGGGAGAGGAGAAGGAGGAGGGAGAGCAGUGAGAGAAAAAGGAGGAGAGAAGAGGAGAGUAGGGAUAGGAGCAGGAGAGAGGAGAGGAAAGCAGCGUAGAGGAGCAGGAGGAGGAGAGCAGGUAGAGAAGGAGGAAAGAGAAGAGCAGGAAUAGGAGCAGGAGAGAGAAGAGGAAAGCAGGGAGAGGAGCAUGGUGACUCGAUGUGGGGGGGUGGCAGAUGUGUUUAUCUGUUUUUUUUUUUGUAUGGGAGGUAUGAGAUUCAUCCCUGAGAAACAUGGUUAGGUUUUUUUUUUACUGCGUCAGGUUUUAAUGAAUGACAGACUCAGGACUGUUACCCAGCAGCAGUGCUCUGGAGAGAAAGGCAUGACAGCUGUUUUGAGCCUAAAAAAAGGACAUCUCCUUAACCAAAAAACUGUGGCUUUCCCUCCUGUAAUAUUGUCAGACAUCUUAAAAAACCAUCUGAACCUGUUGGUGGAACAGGAACUCUUAGUGGACAUGCUGUGUUUGUGCGACCUGAGGUUUCUGUUGUAGCCAUUAUGAGCUAUUCUGCUGAUGUCAGCUUAAACAAUCCCAAACUUGUUUAAGUGCUGUUGAAGACCCCAGACUCUGCAGAGAAUAGGACAAAGAUACGUAUAUAUAUUUCAUACAAACGUAUGAAUACAAAUACAGUCAGGGCUCAUCCAGCAGAAUUUUAACGUGUGAGAAUGAGUAUGAGUUACUGUCAGGGAUGAACCCUCCAUCUCAGAGUGAAAUGUUUAGUUUACAGGUCUGCUGUUUUUGGUGUAACGUUUCUAAAAAUAGCGUCUGCAACAUUUCCUCCAGAUGUAAACAAACAGCAGCAGCCAGAGUCGUACUUCAGCUCUGAAAAUACCCAGAAUGCAGUGUGCAGAUGUGGAGAUGGUUUUGUGUGAUGGUGUGAGGAUUAGCGUGGUUAAUUUUCUGCUGAUGUUGAGGAGCGUGUAUUGAUAGUCAUCCUGGCUGCCACGUUCGGCCCCAUUUUAAGAUGUCUACCUCGCCGUGCCUCACUCUGACUAAACGUCUCGUGUUCCCGCUGCUUUUUUUUCCUCCUUUUCUUUCUUUUCCUCUGGUCGGGCUGGUGAAACAGCGUCUGCCCCACCCUGUGGUCUGAAGUUCUGCUCUCACUCUUUUCUUGUCAAAGUGCCAGCUCUUAAAGGAAGAGAUUUUCCUCUUUCUGCUCUGAAAACACCGGGCCUGCUCCUCCUCCUCCUCCUCUUCACCUCCUUCUUUCUCUCUCUCCCCCUCUGACUGUCUCACUGUUCGACGUCCUGACCGCUAACGGCUACACAUUAAGAGAUAAUUCCAUACCCUGAGGUUACAAACCGGCUCAGACUGGCUCGGUGCGUUUUUCACUGUCCUCUGUUCCCUGGGUGAAAAUAAAUAAAUUAAAAAAAAAGAAAAAAACAGAGAGAGAAAAUUACGUCUUUGCCUUUUUUAAAGGAACACGACACUCAUUUGUAGCAGGAGCAGCACGGCGAGCAGAAACACACCUCUGCUGUCUGAAGAGGAGAAAAAUCUGUGACAUUUUCUCAGUAAAUACUUUCACCCUGAGCAGCAGAAUCCAAGUAUUUAUGUUUUUAUGAGGUUGUUUUUCUGGAAAUGGCUCUUUUUAGAGAGGAACCUCAACAGAUGUCCAACUGAAAAGACACGAAAACCUGACUUGUGAUUUUGUCUUUGUCAGGGUCUAAACGAACAAUGGGUACAAAACAUUUUCAGAGGGGAUUAAGUGGAUUCUUUCACCCAGCCAAGGCGUUUACAGAAGCUGAAUUUAAACUUUGAGACAGUACUGGUAAAACAUAAAUAAUACUGAUAAUACAUUAAGAACAAUCUUCCUCUUAGCACAUUGAAUUGUGUCAUUUCCUGGUUUUUAUGUCCAACCUAUGUAUGUUUGUUUACUUUUGGGCAUCAGAGAAAAUAAAGGUGUAAAGGUGCAUGUUCUCGCAGUACUGCACAUUUAAUCAGGGGCAGGUGGAUAUUGAUCUAAAUACAUUCAAAACUAAAGGUGAUUUUAAUCCGAGGUCCAGGAACUGUAAUGUAGGCUCAUGAACAUUGGUUUUAAUUAAGACUUUUUCAGCAAAUCAUCUCCUAACAUGCUGACUGAGUCUAAAACAUCCUUGCAACAUGCUAAUAGGUUGGUUUUUCAUUUAGUAGGUAAGUCUUAGACACAUCAUGUAGAGGGUAAAUGUUUUUACCACAAUAGAGGUGCAGCGGGAAAAAAAACAGUCUUUUAACCCCAUUUUGGUGCACCUAUAACUGCUCCAGAACUUUGCAGGGUUGCGCUGAUGCAUACAGUACCACAGUGAUGGUGUUUUAUUUGCCACCUGUUCUCUGCAGAGAAGCUUGCUGCCUCAUAGUUAGCAGUAAAAUAUAGGACAGGAUAGAAGGCAUCGAGGAGAUAGGAGGAGUAAAAUAAAUUCAUACUAACAUCACCAGUCCUAUACUAUGCUUUACUGUUGUUGAGUGACAGCUGAUAUGUCAUAAAAGAUCUGAUCUGUAAGUGUUAGGGCCCGUGUACACCGGGGGCUUUUUUGUGCCGUAAGUGAUAGGACAGUUUUACAAUUUCAGCCCUCAGUGCCCUCAGCAUCAGGAGUUCUUUGUUGCUGCUCCCUCAGAACUCACAGCUGAAAAUAGAUUAACUUUGGAGACACCAUGGUGCUUUAAAAUGCUUUAAGAAUAGGAGGGACUUCCAGCAUCAACUAUGUCAACAAAGAUGGUGUUGUAGAAAGUAUCACACUCAUUAUUUUAAGAUCUCAGUUUUAGAUUCAGAGCUGCCACUAACACCAGGACACAAUCCUUGUGUAGUUUUUACUCUUUCUUUGUACUCUGAAAAGUUCCCUAAAAACUCUGUGUCAGUGGACUCGGGCCCUUAAUCACACUGAUAAUAGUGACCAGUGGAAUCCUUGGACAGCAGCUAUAGCUGUCUUUGAGAUGAGAUAGAGACAUCCUGUGAAUUAUUGCUCUAACAGUCAUAAUCUAAAAACAGAAACCUGCCACCCACAGAUCUGUAUUUAUAGUCUCAGAAAACUGUGAUGGUCACUCUCUCUGUUAUUUAUGUCCGUUUUAAGGCCACUUUGGAUGGAAAAACUAAUUAAUCCUUGAGGCUGUUAUUCCGCCCCCACAGUGGCAGAGAUUCAAACCAUCAGUCAAAAUCAGCAGAGUCCAAUUUUAUUGAUCAGAAGAAGCCAAACUUUCACUUAGUUCAUCCUGAGAGCUGAUGGUGUGAAAGGACCUGGUGGUUUGGAGGGUGAAUGUGGAUCCCAGGUGUUAUGGCACAGGGUCGAGUUUUUUUGUUUCAGGGUGGAGGAGAAGAAAGGGAAUAUUUUUGCCAAUUUGAUCAUUGUCUAGCGGGCAAGAUUAUGAAUGACAGUAAGAGUUUAGAGUCAAAAACAGGAGGGUACGAUGUCUAACCCACUAAACUGAGAGUGUUUGGAUGUUUAUGUCCAUCAUCCUGCAGCAAAAUAUGACAGUCCUGUUCACAGUCAUGGUCCCAGGACUCUGUCCAAGCAUGUUUUUACUGUCUGAACACACAAAAGAAUUAUUUCAACACAAACUGUACAAAUCUGUAAAACCUCUCCUCUUUUCAAUUUCAUUUUUUUCAACCGUUUUCCCUUAAACAAAUCUAAGUGAUUUACAGCAAAUCUGCUUUAAUUUUUGGCUGCAUGCUUCUAUCCUGUCUUAUCCUGAUAGUUUGACCUGUUAAACACCUGAGCAUUACCUGACGGUGUUGAAAGUUGGUGCGUUGCCCGGUGUGGCUGUGCAUGAAUGAGGUGCAGCAGAACUGUCAGGUAAAGCAGGUGAAAUAAUCUGCGUAACAGUAGCAAGUUAUUCCUCUCAGUUCACUGUGAAUUUAGAUUUUGUUUUGAAUUACAUCUUAAUUAUUCUUUGUAAAUGAGGCCAGUAUCAGUCUGUGUGACGUAGUUCUUAUCCUGAACUGACCCAAAGUCUUGGUAAGCCGAACAGCAAUGUGGGGAAAAUAGAGAGACUCCUCAGGCCAGAGUGAUAUGUUGGAUUUCUGCUGAUGUACGAUAAACUGAUAUUUCCUAACUAAUUUUGGCCCAUACUGAUACCAAUAUUCACAUACUUCUUUGUCAUUUUAAAGACAAAAGUUUCUCUUGUGAUUAUAAAUGUUACUUUUAUUUUCAGUUUCCACUGAAGCAAACUUUAGCUGACAUCAUGUGCACAUGAUAAACAUGUUACCUUUUUGUCUAAUAGAGAUAUCAUCAAAAAUGCUCAUAUCUUGUGAUACUGAUAAUUAAAUUUAAUUAAUUAGUUUUAUCUGCAGAUAAAACAUCAUGCUGAUAAUGUUUUGCCACCUAGAAUAUUAUAAUGAUCAGGUGUAGACCGAUUAUGGAGAUGAUAUUUGGCAUUUUGCUGAUCAUCAGUAUUGGCCUUUUAUUUGCAGAAAGCUGAUUAAGUUAACAAAUUAAGAAAUCUGCAGUUUUGGCUGCCAGUGUGUGUUUUCCUCUGAGUCUGUGUCUCACAUCUCUUUGUCUCACCCAAUGUCCCGACCCCCACACUCACUGAUUGGCUGGACUGUGAUUCCCUUAAAUUCUCAUUUUUUAACAUGAACUUUUUCAUUUUUACCAUCAGUACAUAUCCCUUUCAAAUAUCAGUUACCACUCUCACAAAUUACCAAUAUUCAGUAUUUGUAUCUGCCGAUAUCAGUCGAUCCCUGAUUGCAGUAUUAUUGAUUAGUAGGAUAGGCAUGGCAACAUUUUACUGAGUCAAAUAUGUCCCGGUAUAAAUUUAUUUAAUGAAAUGUUCACUCAGGUUCUGCAGUUUUGUUGUUCGUUUGUUAAUUAUUCAAAUGCAAAAAAACCAAAAACUGUGAUUUCUGUGUUAUGUAUCAGCCACCAACCAACCUGCUCUCCUAUAAUCAGUAAAACUGGAUCACUUGCUGGAAACACUGUGUACCCUGUGUGGUAACGUAGUUUGGAUUUUGCUGAUGUGGCUGUUUUCAGUGAAAUGUUGUGUUUUUAUGGCCUUGAUCACAGAACCAGGUCCAGCUGGUCUGCUGGUGUCUGCUGGAGCCUCAGACGGGCCCUGGAUUCCUGGGUUUAUUUAUGGAUUAAAUCUCUUGUUUACUUUUGGAGGUUUUUUUGUCUGUGAAAUACGUAAAAUGAGUCUGUGUAAAAUUUGACGUCUUAUUUUGCCCAAAACAUUCUGACAUGGAAAAGGAUGUUCAGCCUGAGAGGCUGCGGAGGUUUGGUUUCUGAAACAAUCAGAUCGGUGGAUCAAUAAUCGGCUGAUAUCGGUGUGAGUCCAGUUGAUUAGCAGGCUGAUAAUGGAGCACUGAUCACUGAUUGUUUUGUGUGUGUGUGUGUGUGUCGGAAUGAGACGAACCCUCUUUCCUUCCUUCCUUCUUCCUUCUUUCUUUCUUUCUUUCUCUUACUUCUUCAGCGAUGCUCUUUGUCUCCUCGUUCACCCCCUCCUCCUCUUCCUCUUCCUCUUCCUCCCCCUCCUCCCCUUUGCCCCCAACCCCCACCCCCCCACCUCCCACCCCCAGACCCCUCCCAUCAGUACCCUCCACCCUCACACCCCCCCCCCCCCCUCCCCUCAGGCGACAGCAGAACAGGAAUUGAUUAGUGGCACGGCUUAAAAAUAGACGACUAGUUGUCAUAGCAACGCCCACAAUGAGCUGUUGUCUAGUUUAAUAAAGAGCAGCGUUGUGUCUGAGGUGGAAGGUGUAUGUGUGUGUAUAUAUAUAAAUAUAUAUAUAUGUGUGUGUGUGUGUGUGUGUGUGUGUAUGUGUAUGAGUGUGUGUGUUGCUGUGCAGUCAGCAGGUGAAUCAGUGUGUGUGUGUGUGUGUGUGAUUUCACUGCGGUCCUGCUGGAUGUGACUCCUGUACCGAUCAAUUGAACCGACAACAAAAACACCACCCGCAUCCUUCGCCGCACUCCUAUUGGCUCUGAGGCUGCAUCCCGACGCCAUCGACUCCUGAGCCACUCCACGCAAACCAAUUACAUCCCUGUUGCUAUGGGCGCCGUCCUGAUUGGCCUCAUUAGUGUCAAAAACUGGCCAUAUGCAAAUCCUGGUCAUAUUCCCAGCAGCCCCGUCAUCAGCAUCCUUUACAGCCAGGCAGCGUGUGUGUGCAUCUGUGUGUGUGUGUGCGUGCGUGUGUGUGUGUGUCAGCUGGACCAGCAGGCUGUGCCCUCCGUUGGCACAGGGAGGGGUUUGUUGUUCCCGGACAUCUCUCCAUCUUUACUCACUGUAGUAGCUGCCUCUGGUCGUAGUUUUUUCGACCAGGUCGUAGGACUUUUAGUAUGAGGAGCCACACACACACUAACACACACGCACACACUAACACACACGCACACACACUCCUGUAGAUCAGACUUCAGUCGUCACACUGGUGUAGUAGCAUGAAUAAAACACACACAAAAUUUGCUAUAAGGGGUGUUUUGAUUUCUGUUUAGAGUGUGAGUAGUAUUGACCAAUCAGGAGUAAGCAGAAUGUAUGGGGAGCAAAAGCAGGGGGAACGCAGUCCUCCAUAACAACUCUAGCUCACAUUGAUGCUCAUCUGAGGAGAAUUUUGGUAAACAGAGCAUAACAUAGAUGGCAGCUUUCAAACUGCAUACAAACAGCAUAGUCAGCUACCAACGACAAAAAUAUCUGUGUUUCAGGUGUGUAAAUGGUUAAUCGUUAAUUGUAGUUAGAAGGAAGCUGAUGGGUGUUACGGUCCUUACACACCGGGGCAGACGCGAAUAUAGAACGCGAAAUUACGAAACAUUUGGAGGCGAAUUUUGACGCGCCUGACUACACAUCAAGCCCGAUGCGAUUUUGUGACGGUCAGCACUUAUAGCCAAUCAGAGGCGAAGGAGGGCGGGACCUUCCCUUAACAAACUACAGCAUCCCGGUUGGAAGCGAGAGGACAGAAAUGGAGUCUAUUUCAACUUUUAAGUGAUGGUGAAUUGGUACUCCUUUUGCUUUCUCAAAGAAAAAACAUAGCACAUGGGUGCAUCCAAUGUUACAAAAAAGAAGAGAACUUGGUGAGUUUCACUGCUUGUUCAGGAGCUGAAACUGUACCAUGGUCGCUUCAGAACCUAUUUUUUCGGAUGUCCGUUGGACAAUUUGAAGUUCUGCUGAAACAAUUAGCUCCAAGUUUGAAGAGGCAGAGGACUAGACACGAGUGUUGAGAUGGCUGUCUGUCAUGAUAGCAUGUACUGAGUCGGGGCCAGUACCAGAUAAGCACAUGAAACUGUGGUAACAACCGUUAGCUUACGUUAGCACAGAUGAAAGUUAAAACAAAGACAUUUAGCAAACUGUUAAAGCACACAAAACAUCAUCAUAUCAGAAAUCUGACUCUAUGACUCUCCACAAGUUGUCCUUCAGGUCGUUAUCUUUGUAAUGUGUGUGUAAACGAUCAUAAACAAUCAGCCGGUCGACCAUGUUGGAUAUGCCAGUGAAUCUGACGUCGCAAUAACACGCAAUCUGAUUCGUCAGAAGUGGACACACAGUAUGCAAAACUUUAGAAAAAUUAACCAUUAUCCGAGAAAAUAAAUACCGCAACAUCGCAGAACGGGAAAACGUCGCUGAUUUGAACGCUUGUAUUGACAGGAUACAGGUUCGGAAAAAAAUAUUGAUGUCCGAAAUAAUCGCACGACAAAAACGGUCCCGGUGCGAAAGGACAUUAAGUUUGUGACUUUUCUGUAGUCUUCUGUCCAAGCUGUAGUCCUUGAAUUUCGCUAAACUGUGUCUGCUUUGUGAAACACUCUCUCCAUCCUUCACCUGUUGUCUAACUUGACCACUCUCUCACCUGUACUGGUGCUUCACCACUUUAACCGGCUCCUUCAAAGUGGAGGUUUUAGUCAGAGCCUCGUUUGAGAAUUUCCAAGUUUGUGUUUUAUCUCUCAGAGAGUUUUGAUGUCGCUGCAGCUCAAACGUGUUUUCAAGUUGUUAAAACUAAGUAAGAGUCUGUUCCCUGGUGGAGAUGAUUCACAUAUUUUAUAAAAAGUACUCUUAGUAAGUUCAAAUGCUUUGUAAGUAAACCUGCGAAUUAGUGUGACCUGGAUGACCGAGAAUCUACACAAACCGAUUAACAGAACAUGCACAGAAAUGAAGUAUUAAUAAUUAGUCUUUAAUGAGUUUUAUGAAAAGUUGCAGGUGACUUUCUUCCCCUUUUUUCCCAUGAUCACACCUUGUCACCAGAUCAUUGGAAGUUUAACAACAAUAGGUUUCACAUCUCACUUCUCUGCCCUGGUUGCAUUUCAACAGUUCUAUUCUAACUCUUGCAGCAAACACUGCACAUGAAUUUCAUUGACUUUGUUGAAAUCCCUCAGACAUCAGUCAGCCUGCUGCUUGUCAUUCUGCCUGUCAUGUUGUAUUAAGAGAUGUCUGACUAAGAACAUUUAAAAUUCUCAUGGUGGAUUUAUUGUGUUUGCUUUAAGGAUCUAUGCAGAUACUCUUACAGAGAAGUUACAUCAUUUAACCCCGUCUCAAAAACUGAAACUUUUCACAUGCAACUGUCUUUGUGUUUACUCUUUGUGCUUUCUUAAAAUGAAAUCACAAGCAGUACAAACAAGUUAUAUUUAAAGGAAUGCACUUUGUUUUUUGAGUUACCACUUUUUGGUUUAUUGAAAACUAUUUAAGGUUAUAGAGGACUAACAAAACAGGUAACAAGUUCUUUGAGGAUCUCAUAACGACUCAUAGAGGAAGUUCAAUAAUGUUUGAUGAGAGGAAGUGUCCGACAAAUUUAGAAUAAGAUAGUGUGCGCUAUUUUGAUAAGUGCAGUUAGUGUGUGAGAUCGUCUUUAAAAGUCCACAACACUUGAAUGAACUUUUAGUGGACACAUUUUACCUCUUUAAAGUAUCUUAGGAUGACAUUACAGCCAUUACAGCCUGUGUCAGCACUGCUUAUGGUUCAUUCAGCAUCUUGAAUAUUUUCAAAGCGUUUUCAGGUUCAGAAUUAGUGUAGUCGCCCUUUAAUGGAGCUGCUGCUGUAACACUGAGUGUGUAAACUCCAUGAUAAAUGUGUCUGAUGCAUGCUGCAGUGCGGUCGGAUGCUGAGUACGUUUUCUGUGAUGUGACUGAGUACACAGCGUCCUGCUGCUCACCCUGUAUGACCCUCUGCAAGUGCGCACGCACACACACAUACACACCAUCCUCACUGCCUACAGCUCAGCGCUGCCACAGUUAACAUGACCUAUAUGCCAGCAGUGAGAGCCGCUCUCAUGCUCCGCUAUACGCUGCUGUGGCUGUUAAUGUGCACUGCAGGCAUCAUGCAUCUUAGGGGAUCUCAGGAUCGUCCACGGCGGCCAUUUUGUUCACAUCUCACAUGCAAACUUUAAAUCUGUGUGUGUGUGAGUGUGUGUGUGAGUGGUGCAGAGAGACAGAACUAAGGUGAACUGUCUCUCUGAGUCGCUUUUAGUUCUUCCGCGAUCUCUAACAGUUAAUUUGCAGGCGAGCAGCGACUUUAUGGUGCAUUUAAAAUUUUAAUGCACCAACAGUUUCGACUGAAGUUGGAUGCGCAGUGAGACGGGCUGGAUGGUGUUGUGUGCAGGAUAAUCUCACAGAGUGACUGAAUAUUAGAGUUCGUUCGGCUGUCAGGACUCAUUAGAAACUUUAAUCCAUGUUCACCUCAAUCUGAUAUUUAUUGUAAACCCAGUGCGCUGUUAUGCAGGCACAAACUUACAGACACAUUUUCACGAACUGGUCGUUUAAGAUAAGUUUUCCUCACUUGGAGCUCCAAACCAAAAAACACGACCUGUCUGUAAUUUUUUGUCUUUUAAAGUCGGUUUGAGGAAAAUUCAGACUUUUCUGACGAUGAAGUAUCACCGUUAUCAUCAACCCAACGACCUGAAUUAGGGACAGAUCUAUAAAAGAUGAUCAGAUAUUGGGGGAUACAUGAUACUGGGUUUUAGCUGAUAUCUGAUAUUUCCAAACUCAUUUCGGCUGAAACUGAUUCAAUACCAUUAAGAUGCACCUGAUGCAUCACUUUAGAGAUUAUACAACACAUGCCGGCAAAACUCUCCAUAUCUGCAAAUCCAAGAAUGAAGUUUGAAAGCAGUUCUGUUAGAGGUGUCCCGAUACUAUAUUGAUAUUGGAUAUUGGUCUAAUAUCGGCAAAGAAUUGAAUAUCGGCUUCCAUUUAAAAUCUCCGAUAUCAUUACUCCUGUACAGGCAGUCCAUUCCAAACUCCGCUCUGGCACCUGGAUCCAGCAUGUUAACAUCUGAAAAAGAUGUUGCAGUUGAGUGCAAAACUUGUCAUGCACAAGUUUGUGCUACUGUCUGAUCAAUAUUGGUAUUUGCCAAUAUUGAAGGCUAUGAUAUCGGUAUCGUAUCGGAGGAAAAAAGUUGUAUCGGGACACCCCUAUGUUCUGUUAAUAUUAUUGAACAUUCUUCAUAAAGGUGCUUUGGUCCUCUUGUGGCUUCGCCCAGCUCCUGCAGGUUGCUGACUCACUGUGCGACGGUGCAAAUCCUCAUUAAUAAUGAUAACAGUAUUGACCAUCAGCAGACCUGCUCUGUAAUCACUGGCAUCAUUUUCUGCUGUUGAAAAUCUUCUGACGUUGGCCGACCACCAAUCCUGAUUCCUGAUGGAUGAUUCUGUCUGGGCUGUAAACUUCACCUCCGAUCUUCACGUCAUCAUAAAAGAAACAAGAAACCGAGUCCGUCAGAGUGAAGGAGCUUCAGUCUGCUGGAUGCUAGACCCCUUUAAAGUGGACCGUAAGAGAAAGACAUCCACAUAAACUCGCCCUGCAAUGUCUGCAAGAUUUUAGAGCUAAAAGAACAGGAUGCACGCUAUGACCUCCUCAGAUCUGCUGUUUUAACCACAAAGAUGAUGAAAGACGCUGAUAAAUGCUAAUCAAAAGUGAAAGAUAUCAGUCAUAUCAGCAGUUCCUUUUGAGAUCAGGUCAAUCAGAAGUUUCUAGUUGGUUCUCUUUUAAAUCCUUUAAGUGGUCGACCCGAAUAAGAGUAUAGGUGCCUCCACAGCCUCCACAUGUUCAGCCAGAUCUGCUCUGUCCGAUCGGUUCAAGGUCCAGAUUUGUGCGACCUUUAAGAUGCAUAAAAAGGUCAGAAACAGAUGCCUCUCUGUGAACUUUGACCUGCCACGGUUAGAGCUGAUAUUCAACGGGCCGAGGUGUUAAAUUUUUGUCACAGAUUGCGUACGAAGUGUCAGCAGUGUCACCACCACCACCAGCAACGAUUUUAAUCCGCAAACGAAGGAGUUCAAAUCUCAGUUUCCCUUCAAAUCUGGAGCUUUUUUUGUGUGUGUUCAUAAUUGUUAUUGAUUCGGGUCCAGGGUCCUGCCAGUUUCGUGCCACAGCCGCCAUUUUGCACCCAUCACCACCAUUUUGACGGAGGGAUUAAUGCCACAGACAGAGGCGGGUUGUUGAUUUGCAGCACCGGAUCAGUAGUUGCACAUUUUUUUUUUUUGUCUAAGAUGGGAAGUGAGGGCUGACACAUCUGUCUGCUGCUCCUCAGUGAUAAGCCCCACAUCCAUCCACCGAUGAAUCAAACUGUUGAGAAAUGAAACACGGAACGCUCCCCUGCUUCCCCGCUCGCACAAGAGUGUGUGCAUGUGUGUGUGUGUGUGUGAAAAGCAAAGAAGGUGGAGGUGGUGGUGCAGAGACAGAAGGCGGACUGGGAGGAGUGGAGUUGCAUCAGCCAAAUGAAUUGUCAUGAUGCAGAUCAUGCGUGAAAUGAGCAGCAGAUUCCUCAGUGCAGUUUGCAAACGGCCUUAUUACCAUUAGAGCCAGUCAGCUGACAGCGAGCCCACAAACUGUACAAAACCAGAACAGAACGAACCAGAACCAGAACCAGGACUAGGAGCGACUAGACCGGAUCAGUGUGAACCGGGACAGACUGUUAUUUCUUGUCUGUUAGUCCACAUGACCACUUUUCAUAGAGCAAUAAAAUGCAAACGAGGGAGCUAAAGGGCUGGUUUUUUAUAGGUAGACUCCUGGCAGGAUUUUGAAGACAUCCUGAGGCACCCUAGACCAGGACAGGGACCAAGACAGACCAGGACAUGGACCAGGAAUGUGAAGAAAGUGGUGUGUUUUAAUUCUGAGGAGGACAUUUUAGCAGCAGCCAUCUGAUCGACAGCUUUGUGCAUAAAGAACAGUGUGUGUGUGUGUGUGUGUGUGUGUGUGUGUGUGUGUGUGUGUGUGUGUUGGGGGAUGGGAGGAGGGAAUUAAGAGUUGGCAUUAUGUCAGGAGAGAGCUGCCAUCUCUGCCUCCUUCCUCGCCCUGCACACACACACACACACAUGCGCGCACACACACACACACAUGCAUUCAUUCUGCAAACACACACACACACACAAACACACACAUGCAGCCUACACACAAAGACUUGUGCGAGGAUGGCGCAAGAUGCAGAAAAAAAAAAUCACUCCGCUCUGCGUGUAUCCUGGCUGUGUCACUCCUUUAUUACCCCCCAUACACACACACACACACACAAAAACCAUGCACGCAUACCUACACACACACGCACGCACACACAUGCCCACUCCUGAUUGGCUGCUGUAAUAUGAACAAAUGCUCAGCUCGGGCUGCAUUUAAGGGGGCCCCCUGAAAGUAAGCAUGUGUUUAUUUUUACAGUGAGCGAGGGGGAGGAAAAGAAAGACGGAGGGUUUUUGAGGAAUUGGGGGAGGGUAGAGGAGGAGGAGGAAGAGGAGAGGAGGAGGAGGGAGGGUUUUUUUCUUUGUGGUACUGUACAGCUGGAUCAGGAGAGGGGGGAACAAAAUCCUGCCGUCUGUAGGAAUGUGAACGUGGACGUCUGGGCACCGUCUACUUGCUGGUUUGAGACCGAUUGAGGAAGAAGAGGGCGACUCUACGGUUCCACAGAGAGGCUGUCAGGUGUCUGAUGAAGAUGUCUACCUGUCCGAGUUCAUCCAGGUGUUACGUUUAAGAAAAGAAGAGGUGUAGUUUUGGCUCCAGGUGGAGCGACACUCUCUGUCUCGUUCUGCCUCUCUCUCUCUCUCUCUCUCUCCCUCGCCAUGUCUUUUCUUUCUCCUUUAUUGCUCUGGCCUGGCAUGGUGCCCAAAGCUGAAGGGGUGGGGUGGGGUGGGAGGAGGUGGGAGGGAUUAUAGAGGGGGUAGGAGGGGAGGAGGGAGGGUUUGGUUGAGGAGAAAGAGAGGGAGAAAGAGAGUGUGUGGCGGCUUGUGUAGCAGCUGACUGAAACAGUCAUUAUAUUAUGUAAAGGCAGUCGGCGGUGGCGGUGGCCGGGAGGAGGAGGAGGAGGAGUGGGGGAAGGAGGGGGGGAGGGGAAGGGUGUGGGGUGCCAGUUACUGACGCGCAGCACAAGUCCGGCCCUGAUUGGCUCAUCAGUGGCGUUCUCAGCGGUGCUCUCCUGCUCAUUAAAGGUGGAGGCUCGGCUGAGAGGUUGCUCGUGUUUCUCUCUCAGCAAAUGGAGGCGACGGCUCGGCUCUGCAGCUGCGUCACAAAUUAAUUAGAGAAGAAGAAGAAGGAGAGGGAGCGUUGGGGAGGGCCGAUCAUUAAGGCUCCUCCCUGUAGAUGAGAGCAGGAUAACAGAGACGUUAGAGGAGGACAGAGCGAGCAGAUUAGAGCUCCAUGAUACAAUAGAUGAGUGGAGACGAUAGGACGACACCAGCAGGAAUAAUUUGCUAAUAGGAAGCUGAUUAAGUGAUAACAAGCCAAUUAAAUCUGUCUGAAUUACAGUCAGCGACACUCCAGCGUACAUGACGCUGAUGUAAAACACGGCGCAGGUUCAGGUGAUGUUAACGCAACGAUGCAGCGCUGCAAAUCACAGCGUCCAUUUGCAUGUCGUCUGCUCAAGGAGGAGACGCUGCCGAAUCAAAAAGGCGAGAUGAGUAAAGACAGAGCGAGACGUGCCGCAGCUCACAGCCUGUAAAUAAUUCACUCUCAAUCAUUUUAUACGUGCAACUCUUCCUAAAAUAUCCCAGGUUUCAUGCGGGGUGAAGGAAAUAAAUAGAAGGAGUCAGCAGUAAUUUUCAUUAUUUAUGUUUGAUUAAAAACUGCAUAAACAUGUUUAAUCACUGACUGCCCUCCAACAGACUGAGCGGCAACAGUUCAGGAGUUAAAGGUUCAUUCUGGAAUUUGCACCAAAGUAAAAGAGAACAGUCCAAUUCUCCUAACUGCAGCUUUUUCAUUGUGAACAUUUUCAGGUUUCUGUCCUUUUUGAAAGACAACUGGAUUUAUUUUUGGCUGUUGAGAAAAUAUUUAAGGGCUCAUUUUGGGUUUAAGGGCAAAAAACUAAUAAUUCUGCUGUUUUCUUACUGGAAUGACAGUUGGUUGAAUUUUACAAGAACAAUUUUACUGACCGAGAAAGUCUUGAAGCAGUAUUUGUACAUGAUUACGCUAAAAGACAAACUUUGAUUUAACUACGAUACUGAAUGUGUUUCCUCUUCAAUCAUAUUCCAUAGUUUCCACAGAAUCAUUAUGAAGUGAUGGUAUCAAAGCUGCAUAACAUACAAAGGUUCAAAUAGUCCCAUAUGCCAUGUGAAAUAAUUCCUGCUGACUUAAGGUCGGAUGCAAAUAUAGAACACGAAAUUAUGAAAUAUUUGAAGGAGAAUUUUGACGCCCCUGACUAUACACAUCAAGCCUGAUGCGAUUUUGUGACUUUCUGGGGGGAAAAAGACACGUCCCGGGUGGAAGCAAGAAGACUGACACAACAGCAGACUGAGUGUUUUUCAGUUCUGAUCAGACACUAGUGUUGAGAUGACUGUCUGUCAUGAUAGCAUGUACUGAGUCGGGGCCAGUACCAGAUAAGAACAUUAAACUAUAAUCCAUAAAUGUAAGGUAACAACCGAGACCUAAUGGUGCUGUAACAGCAACGCGAUGAGUGUGAGACAGUGAAAAUACAUAUGGUAUGUUGUAUCUGAACAGGUUAGCUUAUGAGCUAAAGUCACAGAUGAAAGUUAAAACAAAGACGUUACAACAUACAACUCCCGCUGCCGCUCGUGCUGCACUGCACUGAAUUGAUGCAUUGUGCUGCGGCGUCCGGAUAAAAUGAAAGCCUUGCGUAUCUGGGAGCAGCAGAGUUGGACCGCAGACGGAUUCUGUGGAAUGACACACAUUGAUUAUAAUACUUGAACAUUGAUUCACCUACAGAAUGCAGCCGUUCCGUAUCCUGUGGAAUUUAGUCGUCAGUGUCCACAUCUCUGAUACUCGUUCUUCUUGGGAAAAAUGAACUUGUCUACCUGCUCAGGUGUCAGUCAGGAGUCUCUUAAAACCUGCAGCAUUUCAGAUUCUACAUAGAUAUUUCUCUUUCUGACAGUACACCUCCAAUCCUGCUGAGACUGUCCCCCCAUCAUGCUCCAGUUUAUGAAUGAAACCUGCUGAUAGUUUUGAGCAUUUCAGAGCUGGACUGACUUAAAGGACGUCUCACAUCUAAUUCUCCAAAAGACAGGAGCGUCAAAACUCCUCACAGUUUCGGGUCUCUGCAGCGGUAAAAUUACGGGAAAGUCAGUCAUUGUUUGGCGUCAUCAGCUGCCCGUGCUCAUACAUGGAUCAUAUCAGACUUUUAGGAGACAAAAGUCAGAGUUUGCUGCUGUGUUUGCUUUCCUUAUGGAGGUUCUUGAAGGGGUGAUAUGUUCUGUCCACAUCCUGGAGCUGUUGUUUUUUAUGUGACUGUAGUUUAUUUUAGCCCUGACUCAUGCUGAAGCUAUGCGCUGCACGCGGUCACAACUGUUUAAAAAAAAAAAGACUGAAUAUCCAAGAACAGACCAGAACACUUUGUCAAGUCCGGGUCUGCGCAGGAGGGAUCUGACGUCCAGCCUCCUCCUCCAAUCAAAACGCUGGUUUAACUUAUUGACGCACAGUCGCUGUUAUAGUCAGAAUCUGCAGUUUUAAACACAGUGAUGCGUUUGAACGCAGCCCUGCAGGACAUGUUUCUGCUCGGUCACGGCUGUGCUGCUGCUCCCUGAUUGGUCCACUGCUCUGUCACAUGACUCAGCUAAUGAGCUCAUAAGACUUGAAUUGUUGUUGACGGUACAAAAGUCUUCCUUGCUGGUCUGAAUCACAUGCCAACGUGCACGCACGCACACACACAAACACACACACUCACAGAGCAUAAUAUGGCUGAAAUGUAUUUGUCACUGUGCAGAGGAGAUCCAGGCUAUUCUUAGACUUUAACCCACUUCCAUCUGAACGAGUUAACCAUCAGCUGAUCUUUUAUUUAUCCCGGAUACAUCUAAACGAGUCACUGCACUGAUCUUAGGUCAGCCGGGUCGUUGCAGUUAGUCACCGCCUCAUUUCACUCUGCGGGUCGCCCGCUGUCGUGUUAGCAGAGAUAUACAGCAUGGUCCAUCAUUAUACAGAACACUCCACGUUAUUACUCUCUAUAGAGGAUCAGACUUUAAUGACCUCCUGACAACUCAGAGAGAGCUCAGAGAGGGCCGGACCAGGUUCUAGGUGUCACCUGAGCUCGAUGUGUUAUGUCAGUCAUGUGAAUUCACUUCCUAUAAUCUAGAGUCAUCAUAUAGACAUUUGUCUUUUAUAUCAAAAUACCAUAGCUGAUCUUUUUGAGGCAGUGAGUUAAAUAUCUUUGUAAGAUGUUCAUGAUGAUCCAAAUGUACAUGGACUCUGAUGACCCCCAUACCAUCAGGGAUGCUGGCUUUGGACUAGGGGCGCUUGGAUCGUAAUGUUUGGGAUGCAGUGUAACUAGGGGUGUCCUGAUACGAUACUGGAUAUCGGUUCGUUAUCAACCAAAAAAUACAAUAUCGGAUUAUUUCGGCCUGCAUCUAAAAUCUCCGAUAUCAGCACUCUCAUGAAAGCAGUCUAUUCUAGACACCGUUCCGGCACCUCUAUCUAGCAGCAAACUGAGCCCACAAAAUCACAACAACAGUGUGUACUAAGGCACUAACAAAGUAGCAAGGAGUAGGAGUGAUGUCGGCCUUGUCCGAAAAAGACAUUGCAGCUGAGUGAAAAACUUGCCAUGCACAAUUUUGUGCCAAUAUCAGAUCAAUAUCGGUCGGUCAAUAUUGAAGGCGACAAUAUCUGUAUCGUAUCGGAAGUCAACAAGUGGUAUCGGUCCAAAGGGGCAAUGUUGUCAGAUGCCAAUGCUAAUAAAAGUGUUAGGUGUUGUUUCACAGCUGUGGGAGUGUCUGAUAAAAGCUCCUGUAGGUUAAGCCUGGGCGAUUUGGUCAAAAAGAUGAUCAUGAUGUACUUUGUCAUAUUGUCUGAUCUCGAUUAUUAUCCCGUUUUUUUUAAACUGCCAGUUUUAAAGCAUCUGCACUGAAAACUAAAAAACAAAUAGAUAAAUACUAAAUAAGACGUUAAAUAAUUUUCUUCUCAACAGUAACAUCUUUGGAGGAUGACUCAAAGUCAUGGCUGACAUCUUUACUGCCCUCAGCUCCACGUUUGGUUACUUUGUUUACUUGUCCAGCAACUUAAGUGAGCAGGAAAAGCUCAACUCUGAUUGGCUGUUGUGAUGCACAUUUUCACCAAGUUUGAUCAAGUCAAAAAUCUCACAGCUGAUCACCGUGAUUGAACUGAAAUUUAUCACGAUCAUUAAUCCCGAUCAUAUAAUCGCCCAUUUCUACUGUAGCUGCAUGUAAAGUAAAGCUGCACGGUUAUAGCGGUUGAAGUAUGAGCCUUCACAAUUACACAUCACAAAAGUCGAUUAAUCUCAGUUCUGAAUGGUGUCACUGCACACGGCGUCUUUUUCUCGCCAAGCAGACCUGAUGUGAGGUAUAUCUGUAUGUUUGAGACCCUGAUCUUUAACCUGCCUCUCCUUCUGUCUCCUGCAGGAUGGAGCGGAUGUCUGAGGAGGCGCUGAGGCUCAACCUGCUGAAGCGAGGUCUGGAGUCGCCCAGCGAGAGGGAGGAGGCGCUCGCCAAACGCCUGAAGAUGGAGGGCCACGAGGCCAUGGAGCGCCUCAAGAUGCUGGCACUGCUCAAACGCAAAGACCUGGCCGACCUGGCGGCACUGGACGUGGCGGGGCCUCUGGGGGACGGGAAAGGCCCCGGAGCUAGCUCCCUCCACCACCAGAGCCUCAUGGGAGCAGCGUACGAGGAAAAGAUGAAUGGGAGUCUGAGGCUGGGGGGCCACGGCGGCCAUGUUGGACCCAGCAAGAACGGGAAGGAGAACAUAAUGGACGAGCCGGUGGACAUGAGCGCCGGGAGGAGAUGGUGAGGACGAAAUAUUUACACCUCAGAACCAGAGGGGGCGAAGCCUGGGGGCUUUAGGAUGUUUAUCACUGGAUUAGAGCUGUGGGCGGAGUUUAAAAAGAUGUUCAUUUUAAGCCUGUUACAUCAGUCUCCUCAAACCCACCAGACCCCAUUCAGAAAAACAGACAUUUAAGCUCACAGAGCUCAGGAGCUGUUGGUAGACCUCUGUCUCUGUUUGGCUUGGGGUCAAAGUGCACAAGACUGACAAGAACUGAGAGGCGAUCAAACAGAUUAUCGCACUGUUGUUUUAUAACCCAGAAGUUUCCAUCACCUAAACACAUCAGUCUUUAUCAGUAAGUUUUAGUGACAGAGAAACAUGUUGGUGACUCUGAUAUUAGGACAUAAAGAAGUUCAAUGAAGUUCUCCAAUGUUAACUCAUAUUUGUAUGAAAUAACUCUGCUGUUUGGCCAUUAAAUGAUGCUGAUGUAGUUUUGAUGGUUAGGUCAUGGCUAACUGAAGUGAAGAAUACACGUGAAGCCGAUCAACACUCACAUCUACAAAUCUUUAAACAUGUGUUAAAGCUAUGGUCUACGAUCUGAAAACCAGUUUGGCUGUUGAGACAGAUUUAAAAAAACGCAGCCUGCCCCCCCUUCACUUACCCCUCCCCUCCGUGUUCCAAGAUCCGGCCCCCCCAGCUCGUAUCGCCUCCAAACAACACACCCCCUCCGAGCAAGAAGGCGGCCGGCAGAAAAUAUCAGCAGUAGUACACAGUGGUAGCCGUUUCAAUUGGACCGGCGCGAUCAAAACCAUGUAUUAGCGGGGCGAAGCGGGUCGCCGAUUGUGGGCGAGGCUUUACCUUCCUCGGCGUGUCUUCACCAGCUCAGUUUACAAUGCUAAAGAUGCGUGGCUAACUUGUGCUAAAAUCUAUCGACAGAGCCUACCCGUUCCUACCAACAACGUUCAGUCAUUAGCCAGUAUAGGCACAGACUAACCAGAGUUAUUCAGCAGACAUCUCCCACUGUAGUAAACAAAGUAAUUACCUGUUCAACAGAAAUUCGGCUGUCUCAGCGUCAGUUUUUAGUCACAAAUCCUUCUGCAGCCGUUUCCACCAGUCGUACGUUUCUCCAAUGUAGACUCUCCGUUGGCACCUGUAUCACUCAUAUUUCUUCCUCGCGGACCACUCCAAACCAGAUUGGUCGAUUGUAAUGCUUUUUUGCAACGGAUAUACUGAAUGGUUUUUUUUUUCGUUCUUUUUGAUCUUUAUAUUGCGUAGAUCAGACCAUAGGACCAUAAUGGCCUUAUAAACGGUGUAAUAAGUACCAAGCUUCCAAAUGGUAGAUUAUAGUUUCAACUUUGUUAACACCCACAAAAUUGUUCAUGACUACAUCUUCUAAAUAUUUAGUGCAUUCGUACGUUUGACCCCUUGAACUUAAUAUUACAACACCCAGUCAUGAGACAGGAGGCUGCAGCUAAGCCCCUCCCCUCUGUGAUGUGUCAGUCCAGAAUCUCCCUCAGAUAUCUCCUUAUAUAGACGAUGAGCUUCUAUCAGUUUGUUAUGGAGUCCAUUCAUGACAGAUCUUUUGUAAGAUGUCACUGUGUGCACAUAAUUAAAUAUCACUGCAUUGACUGAGGAUUAUAUCUGCGUGAAUUUUCAUACCUGUUGAUAAUGUCGUACAUCCCGAAUAAAAAAGGUUAUAUUUGAAUGAAAAUGUAAAGAGCCGUUUAAACAGCAGAGGAGCGCAGAAACAUGAUCUGCUCUGCAGUGCAGCUUCAAAGCCUGAAUUAGUCUCUGUCUGUCUGUCUCAUUGGCACAGGUUUAGCAGACACACCGUCAGGCCAGGCUGUCAGUCUUGUGUAUGCAGAGUCACUGCAGCUCAGCGUUCAGUGUUUGUUACUUAGUAUGUUUCAGACAUGUAUGGAUUCAGUGCAGCAUACAGGUGUUUGUUCAGUCAUCACAUGUGAUCAGGUGCCAAAGAGGUGUGGGGUUUAGUGGCUGGUUAAAUAACUAAGUGUUGGUCAUUGUAGAAACAGACCCUCUCUCUGAUGAUUUAAUCACUUUGUGUGUAGUUAAGGUGAAAAUGAACAGAAAUAUAGAGGGUCAGACAGCAGAGGUUUGGUCUUACCUUACAAGACCAGCCUAAAAGACAGACACUGACGGUUUUACCACAGCGUCAACAGGUUUUUGGGAGAUUGUUGUGGACUCCAGCUGUUUUCUUCGCAGAGUUGAGGGUGAAAUGCUUCCAGAUUGUUGUCGUUUUCGAAGGGGAUGGCAUUGCGUUGCUACUCCUUUGUUUAGUUUACCUGUCUCUACCUGAUCACUGUGGUGCAUGCUCGGCUCUCUGCAGAGAUAAUGAGGAUGAAAAAUCCUCUUUCUUCAGCAUCUCGGCUCUGCAAAAUGAUGUUCUGUCUGGUCUAAUCUCUUACUAAUUGUUGACAUUUAAAUACAUCUGCAACUGUAAUUGUCAUUGACUUCAGUAGGAGUCCACCAAUCAGAGUAUCUCCACUCUACAUCAUUUUCCUCCCUUUUGAGGUUUGAUGGGUAAUCUUUAAAAAGCGUCACAGUCUCUGGAUCUACUAAAAUGAUCAACUUUUUAUUCUGUCAUGGUUUGUUUUACCUCACAGUGAAACGGAUCACGACAGACGGACUCCGUCUCCAGACGUCAUCAUCCUGUCGGACAAUGAGGCGUCCAGUCCCAGAACGACACCUCGACCUGAGGAACGUCUGCACCAGGCCAACCUGGACAUGUUCAAGGUAUUUAUCAGCUACAUACCACGCUACAGAACUGAACUAGUAUGGUGUCUUCGUUCAAUCAGAGUAACCCUUAUGGGCAGAAGAAGAAAAAUGCAUAACUAGUCAGUAAAUCCUCCUGGGUGACACAUCAGGUACAGUCCAUGAAUGGUUGUCAGUGGAUAUAAGUGUCAUAGCAGUAAAAAAAUGGACGAGCUAGUUUUAGCUUAGCUUAGGCCUCAAGAACAAAAAGCUCUUCCAGAUUACAUUGUUUACGUAACCCAGAAAUACACUCAAGCUGACUCUUUAAUGCCACCAAGUGUCAUGGCCUCCCAGCUGGGUUUGAGGUGAGAUAAACACAAUAAAUGACGGAAGGCAAGUCCUGGAUUAGGCUGAGAGUUUGAUAUGUUUCUAAUAAAGUACAGGUGCUGGAAGAGGACAAAAAAGACCAAAGACUCAUAACACAGCUUUACAUUUUCCAUUGAAGUGGAGUCUGUGCAUGUAAAAAAAGGAAAGUCAUUUUAUUAAAACACAAAAUCAAAAAGUGAUUCAAACAGUUCGGAAAUCCCCGACACAUCAGAACUUUUGAAACUCAAAAUCAUGGAGGAAACAUUUGAAGUUAAAGAAACUAAACCGACUCAGAGGUCAAACUCCUGUGAGGUGUUUUUAAGGAGAUGUUUGAGCUUAAAGGUGUUUGAAAAGUUUGCCUACAUUUCUCGAUUUUACUCUGUGUGUUCAGGGGAAGACGGGCGAGGAGCGGCAGCAGAUGAUCAAAGCCCUGAGGGAGGAGCUUCGUCUGGAGGAGGCUCGCCUGGUUCUCCUCAAGAAGCUCAGACAGAGCCAGAUGCAGAAGGAGAACGUGGUGCAGAAGGUCAGUGAUGGUGGUGAUGAUGAUGGUGAUACUAAGACCACUGCUGAUGUUGUUUAGCUGAAGUGAAGGUCUGUUGGGGAAAAGAAUGAUCAAUCAGGAGUCAGCAGGCUUUGGCAUCAGGAUGAAAAACAGUCUGUACUGAGAGCAAAAGCCUUUAUACUCACGAACCACAUGAACUUAUGAACCAGUCUGAAGAAAUGGUCCAUAACUUCAAAGCAGGAAGGCUGGAGGAUUACUUAAUAUUCACAAUAAUUCAUUCAUAAAGAGAAAAUGAGGACCUUUGAGAGAUUUGCGGUAACCUCAAAUAUCAGACAUCUGCUCUGUGGAUCAAAUCACUAUCUAAUGUAAAGAAAAAAAGAAGUUCGAGGGGUGUGUUUACUUAUGUAACACACUCAGAGCAUUAACUCCAGUACUGCACACUUUGAAAGGGCUUUAACUACGUGAGUGUCUCUAUUUUCUGCUGUGAUAUACUUCAGCUCUGCGGCGUUACAGAGAAAGUUUUCCCUUUAAUCCGCAGCACUUCUCUGACAGCUGCAAAUCACAGAUCAUUGAUGUAAAAACAGUCGAAAGGCUCUGAAUCAGUCACCUUUAUUGUCAAUAAUUUCUGCUGUAUUUGGUCAUCUGUGACAAGCAGAGGCACGUCAAAUCUUUGGCAAAGCCUAGUGCAGUUUAGGGUUCAGAAUCCCUGGAUACUCUGGAUAAAACAGGUAGAGUUAUGAAAACCAGAACAUCCCAGUUAAUGCAGUUAAAAAGAUAAACCUAGAUAGUCUAUAUGGUGCAGUAACGGUUAUAAAUACCUGGAUAUCCUGGAUUGUAUCCUCAGGGUUAUUCAUAUCUUGAUAUCCUGGACAGAGCAGUUAGGGUUACAAAUACCUGGAUAUCUUGGAUAGCACCUAUAAGGUUAUGUAUUCAUGGAUAGUGAAGCAAAGGUCAUGAUUACCUGGAUAUCCUGGACCAUUUGUAUAAUGUGGAUAACAGCUCAUUAAUACAAUUUCUAUAAUAAGGUGCUGCUAACGACACCAAGCACUAACUGUAAAAGGGGCCAACAGCUUCUGACUCUUAAUUUGCACAUUCACGUCAGCUGUUAGCAACACUCCUUCACAUGCUGCGUUCACAUCUCAGACACAAGCCUGUUGGUUUCUUGGUGUUCUGCCUGUUUUUGCUCUCCAUACAGACUGCUUUUACUGCAGAUACCAAGGACUGCUGAUAUUUGAUUGAGCAGUACUACUCAGACUACCAACAGAAACCAGAACACUGAAAUCUAAACUCUGAGUACAACUUGUGCAGUUUAAUUCCCUUCAUGCAUUAGUGCUGCUCCCUCUGCAAGUUUUCUUCUUUUGCUAAAGUUUUCUUCUAGUUUGUCCAUAAAGUGCAGAGACGAGUACAGGAUCAGACACACAGCGCUCUGAAUUUAUGACUCUGAAGUGCUACUUUGACGUGAAAAUGGUCAUAAAUACUCUGAGGGCUGAAACGUUCAAGUUCCUGCAUGUUGACACAGGAUAAACUCAGCUUGAACCUUAGAACGCUUUGGAGCCAAAUAUGUGAAAACUGUUGAUAAAAAGUUUCUGAAACCUUCUUUUAAGGUUAAUAACAUAAACUUAUAAAAGUCUGAUCUGUGGAGCUUAAAUGCAGGUAUCAGGUCAUUGUUUGCACCGUUUAACCCGGGUUCUUGAACACCUCCUGCAGGUCCCUGUGGUCCAGAACGCGGCGUCCUCCGUGCAGCCCCCUCCCCUCCACAGCUCCGCUGGUCUGGGGAAGCUCCCGGUGAGGCCGGGCCUGCACAACCCAGAGCCCCAGAACCUCCGCACCGCACAGGUCUGAGUGUCCGCUUGCUUUAAUGAUCAUGUCCAUAAAAAUGCACAUAGUCUCCGUUCUGCACCUUCAGAGAUUAGAGAACUAGUAUGAGGGGAGGACUGUGAAGUGAGGGUGAGUGCAGAAAUCAGCAGAUCCUCACCUGACUGAAUAAGAGCUUCAUUACAUAAGAACAUUUGAUUUUCAAGUUUGAUACUUCAGUUACAUUAUCAGUCCCACUCUGUUCUCCGCUCGUAGUUACUGCCGCUCUUUGAGAUCUGAGGACUGGAGUUAAAUCUUAAGCCCCUCCCCCUGUGUCUGUUAAUGAAAGGGGUGUAAUGGGGCAUUAACAUCGGUAUGAUAUUCUAUGAUCGGCAAUACAAUAUUGGUUCAUUUGGAACAAUAUGAUCAGUAUAACUCAGUGAUAAGGCAUCUUUACAAACUCAGUGCUUCAUUAUGUGUAUAUGAAUACCUGGAUAUUCUGGGGAGUGCAGCAAGGACUAUAAAUACCAGGACAGUCUGGUUGUGCAGAAAGACUUAUAAAUACAUGGAAGUCCUGGGGAGCAAGAUGAGAGUAAUGCAUUCAAGAAUAUCCAGGUUUGUGCCUUCAAGGGUGUAAAUACCUGGAUGGUGCAGUUUGGAAACAAAUGCCUUGCUGGAUCUCACAGUUAGAGCUAUAAAUUCCUUGAUAUCCUGGAUUGUGCAAUCAGCGUCAAAAAUACUUGGAUGUGUUGUAGUUAAGGGUAAAAAUACAUAGUUUUCCUGGAUAGAGUAUUUGGGCUUUUGCACACCUGCAUAUCCUGGACAGUGGAGUUUGUGAUUUAGGUAGAGCAGUUAUAGUAAGAGUUAUUAGUGUUGUCCGUCAGUUAGGGUUGGGCGAUAUGGCCUCAAAUACCACCAUAUACUGAGCAGUUCACCUCAAUAAUAAUAAAUGGAUGAUAACUACUCCACAAGCUGCUCACCCUACUACUUCAGCCGCCGCUCCAGCUUUUUCAACUUUUGAACCAUCCUCCAUCUCCUCACCGGUCUUUCCCUCUUUGUUAAGGACUGGACGAGGUGGAGUCACGUCUACGACACAGGACAGCGUCUUAUCCUAUCUACACACAUCCAAAACCAGCUUUUAUUUAUUUUUUAUUUUUGACACCAAAUAUAUUGACAUGGGCAAAAUGGCGUCGGUUGUUGUUGUAAAUUUCGGUAUCUGUAAAUUUUUGGUUUAUCGCCCAGCCCUACUGUCAGCUUUUUUCCAGGGUUUUUGUGAACCAUGCUUGAACUCAUAGUCAAGUGUUAAUGUUUUUAUUAGUAGCUGAUUUAUUCUAAAAUCCACAUCCAAAUUCAAAUGUUGAAAAAUAAUGGUGGCCCUCUUCUGUGUUGAGCAUCCAUCCAUUUGAUGUGACGGCCUCUUUUCCAGCAUUAGACCGUGACAGCUUCAUGGAUUUCAGAUUUCCUUUUCAUUUCAAGUGCAGAAAUCUGGGCCCUGGUUGUCCUAGCUGUUUAGGCUCAUGCCCCGUGUACAGAGGUUGUUGUCCUGGACAGGACCCUUUGUUUGCUGCAUGACCUCCUGCAGACAUGUCCUGUCUCCCUUCAGCUGUCAGACUUUAAAAGUGCAAAAAUACAUUAAAAUAACCGACGUUUUUUAUGCUCAGUGUAAAGUGCAGUUUCUCUACUACAACACUGAUGCAGCGCCUCAUUUACUUUACCUUAUAGAGUGGUUAUGAAUACUUAUACAUUGUGAGGAAGGGUCCUACAACCCUUAGCAUAUAGACACAGGUGCAUUAUGGGAGUUGAAAUUGUUACACCUCCAAUUUACCACUCAAAGAUUAGCUUUUUGUGUUCAAGUUGACCAAACUUCUUGAAACCUGCUGCACAGAAUAAUCCAUUUCCUGACUCUGUGACGGGCCUUUAUUCAACUUCAGCUUCAAAUCACCAAACCCCCAAAGAAGUACACUCACUCUCUGCUUUAAAGCCUUUAUUCUGAUCAGCUCUUCACUGAUCCGGUCUCAUCGGGCUGCACUUGGUCUUAGACUUGGUCUUCUUGACUCCAGUGGUCUUUGUUAAAAGCCUGGACUUCCUGUGGGGGACUGUAAACAGAAAACAAAGCUGAGAGGUAAAAGUGAUCAAUCUGCAGCUGCAGGCUCUCAAAGGUCUCAUCAGUCCAGCUUUAAAGGUUUUUUGUCUGCCAGAAAGCGAGAAUUCAGAACAAAGAUUCAGCCGUAGGUUCUGACACCGAGACGGUUCAGAGAAAAAUGUUUCUGAAAAUCUCUGAAUGUGAAGCAGCUUCUUUGUUCCUGCGUGACGUAGCGCUGCUCCUCCAUUACAUGUUGAGCUGCUAUUAAAUAUUCAGCAGAUCAGUGUGUGUGUGUGUGUGUGUGUGUGUGUGUGUGUGUGUGUGUGUGUGUGUGUGUGUGUCAGCUUGUUUUGUAUGGAUGGAGAUGUUCUGCCUGGUUUGUUUUCACUUUACUCACCAAUCUGCUGCUGCCCCCUGCUGACCACUCUGAGAACAAUAAUAAUGUAUGGAGGUGCUGUGCUGAUAAAACAGUUUUGUUUUUUUUUAAAAAGCCUCUAAUGUCAGAGAAAAGACUCAGACUUUGAGAAACAGACGUGAAAAGCUCAUGAAAAUCAACUUCAUUUAUUGCUACAAGAAACACAAUUUCUGGAGGCUUCAAAGGGAGCUGAACAGUUCUGCUGUAUUUCUGCUCUGUAUCUGUUGGUGGGGAAGUUUCCUGCUCUCUGCUCCCUCCUCCUCUCUCCUGCUCCCUACUGCUAUCCUCUUCUCUCCUCCUCUCUCCUCCUCUGUCCUCCUUUCCUCCUCUCUCCUCCUACCUCCUCUUCUCUUCUGCUAUCUUCUCCUCUCUCCCUCUCUCCAGUUAGCUCAAAACUUUCUCCGUUCUCUCCUUCAGUCCGUUUGGUCUUGUUCGUCCUCAGUUAACUCUGCCUCUUAAAGAUAUCCUCUGGUGUCCACAGUAAACGGCAUCAUGGUGCGAUCAUCCAGCAGAGUCUGUCAUUUUUUAGUUUGGGUCCGCACGCUCAAAGAAACAAAAACACAACCAAACGCCGACCAGUUCACCACAGACUCCGAAAGUUUCAAGUGGGUGUCUGACGGCAAAUUAAAGCGCAGUGUUUGCUCACCUCUGCAUUACUGUUUGGUUUUAGUUUCAUGAAAAUGAGCUGUAUUACAUGGUGGAGUUGACCCCAUCUGCAGCGGUUUAAAGGCUUACUUCUGUUCCAGCUCUCGGGCCAGUUUCUCUACACAGAGAGUCUAAGCUAACCGGGAUCCUCUGCGGGUAAUGAGAGAAGCACAUGACUGUAUUAAAAGGUGCUAAUCUGAAAGAUUCAAACUGAAGUCCAAAAUAAGAAGGAGUGAGCUGCUCUGAGCAGAGACCUGCAGGCUGACAGAUGACUCAUGUUUGUGUUGUUGGUCCACUCACUGCUGAGGAAUGCUGUUACUAAGCAGAGUUUCUGUGUUUUCCAAAAAACACUCGACACUUGAUGUGAGACUCCUGCAGAGACAGGAUUCAUACCAAAGCACCAAAAAGGACCUGAAUUGACAUUUUUAUGAAGCUCCAGAGGAUCUGUUAAUUAUAUAUGACUGUGUGACCUGUCACUGACUGACUGACUGACUGACUGAAUCAGAAAUCCAAUCUGACAGGAAGAAAUACACAUUAUACUAUGUGUCAUUUACAGGUUUAGACUGGACUUUAAGGUGAUUGUUUUUUAUCGUUUCAAUCCUGUGUUUCUGUAUUACAAUGAUUUUCUUUUUUUUUUUUUGUCACAUGUCCAACUGUUUCAAGAGUUUUGAAACAUAAAACAAAAGAAUGAAAUAAAAAGUUCUGUUCGAUCUUGACUUUUAGAUUUCUAAUCCAAAUACACCAGCGUGAUCUAAAACCAGGACUUAGACCGAGGAGAGCUUUUACGAGUUCGUUUAGAUUAUUUUUAAAUAAAGCACUGUUACACCCAAAGAACUAUUAAGUUUCCAUCAAGUGUCAAUGUCCAGACAUUCAGGGAUUCCUGGUUAAUGCUUCUGCACUUUUCAGGAGUUCUCAGCUGCUUUCUCUGUUUAGUUUGUUUAGUUUCAUCCACGACACUGAUAUUCACUCUCUUUAACAGCGCCCUGUCAGUUUUUGUGUGACAGUGGCUCAACCUCAAAGCAUCAAAUCAAAAUUCACUAUUGUGUGACUUUUUAAGUUGAUUGAUGAAAAUUAACAAAGUUGUGUUUUCGUAGGAACAAACUCCAGUCGGCUAAAAUUGUGUCUUCUUCUUUGUUUCCUCUCUACAGGGUCACACCGUCAUCAGGUCAGCAGCCAACGCCAACCUGCCGCCGAUGCUGAUGUCACAGCGUGUGAUUGCCCCAAACCCCGCCCAGUUGCAGGGUCAGAGAGUCUCCUCCAAAUCCCUGAUGUCCCGCCCUGGCAGCAUGGCCAACACCGUCAGUUACCAACAGGUAGAGAGUCUCACCUGCUCCACAGUCAGGACUGUCCCACGCUGUAAAACCUGUUUCUUAACCUCUUUGUGUGUCCCUGCAGGCCAGCCAGCAGGUGGCGGCCUCUCAGCGCUCAGGCUCCAGUGCCAUGUACAUGAACCUGGCCCACAUGCAGGCGGCGGCGGCUGCAGGAGCGGGCGGCGUUGGAGGCGGUCUGGGCGGAGCUUCGGCUGUGAGCCCGUCCACCAUGUCGGGCUCGGCCAGCGGAGGUGUGGGCUCGAUGACGGAUCAGGCGAGCAGCCAGGCGGCUGCCAAGCUGGCCCUGAGGAAGCAGCUGGAGAAGACCCUGCUGGAGAUCCCUCCGCCCAAACCCCCUGCACCCCUGCUCCACUUCCUGCCCUCCGCCGCCAACAGCGAGUUCAUUUACAUGGUGGGCCUGGAGGAGGUGGUGCAAAGCGUGCUCGACAGCCAGGGUGAGAAACUGCUGCUCCUUUUCUAAAAUCCUCUGAGAUCAAACAGAGGGGAAUUAAAGGGACAUUCUGGUGUUUUCACUCACCUUAGACGUAUUUAGACCAGUGGCGGCUGCUGGUCUUUCAAGGAGGGGAAGCUCAUUUUUCUGGCCUACAUCAUAAUUGUAUUUGUUUAUGAGUAUGUAACAGAACAGAGUCGCCAAACACAACGGCAGUCGUUUUUAACAAAGACAAAAGUCGCUGAGGAUCGGUAAAGUCUCUGGAGCAGUUAAGAACAACGGAAUGAAUGACUUGGAAAAUGCUCUGGUAGAUGUUUUAUUCUUCAAGAUCGCUGAUUCGCUUGUUUAGCUGUCAAUCAAAAAAGGAUUUCGCCUCAGACAGCUCAUCCAAUCAUGAAUGCAGAAGCUUGCAGUCCGGGAGAAAGUCGGGACCGCCCUCUCGCCAUAGAACUCCAGUGAAGCUUAGCUUCCAUUGGGCGGGACAAAGCCCAGCAUUUAUCCAAUGAGCAUCUAGUUUCGCUGCUGGAACAACCCACUUUAAGCUUCCACAUUGAAGUCAGCAGAAGCCCAGCGUCCGACUGUUUGAAGCGAUGAGGCGCUGCGAGGAUGAAUGAGAACGAAGUUAUGCCGGUUACCUGUGAUUAUCAGCUUCUUAUCACAGUGUCUGAACAAAAGUUGAAGGCUUUCUAGUGCGUAUUUAGUUAAUGAAAUGUACACACAGCCGUACGUAUUUCACCACUUUUUCUUUUUUUGGGGGGGUGACAUUUUAAGGGAAGCCGAGCUUCCCUUGCAGUCUUAGAGCAAUCGCCACUGAUUUAGACACAUGUCAGGGUGUGAUUAUGACAUACUCUAAAACGCUGCAAGGCCGCAGGACUCCUCAGCUGCGGGUUUAGGAUAUAAUCGUGCAUCUGACAUAGAGUCUGACAUUAGCGUUAGAUUUCUCUGAGAGCAGAUUGAAGACUUUAUAACACUCCUGAUUAAAACACCAGAAUGACCCUUUAAGGUCUAAAUAAACUGCUCAGUUUGAACCUCUGUCAGCCUUGUGUUAUUUUCCUCUCUGACUGAAGGAUGUAGAAAACCUUAAGAGUCUCCUCAGAGUCACACACUAAUCUCAGCCUGUCGCUCCUCCGGUCACUCCUGCAGGUAAACUCAGAGGGACGCUGCCCCGCAUGGAGCCUUUCUUCUGCGCCCAGUGCAAAACCGACUUCACCCCCCACUGGAAGCAAGAGAAGAGUGGGCGGAUCCUUUGCGAGCAGUGCAUGACGUCCAAUCAGAAGAAGGCUCUGAAGGCGGAGCACACCAACCGGCUGAAGAACGCCUUCGUCAAGGCUCUGCAGCAGGAGCAGGUCAGACAGACGGGAUCAGGAGGCCGUCUCUGCUCUUUGAUGUUUUAAUGAAGAUGAAUAAAAAUAUGAUUUUUCUGUUUGGAAAGUAACUGUUGAUUUUCUGUAAACUUCAGGAGAUCGAGCAGAGGCUUCAGCAGCAGGCAUCCCUCUCCCCGAGCUCCGCCCCCACCGGUCCCAACGCCUCCAAGACCGACUCCAUGAUCCGACAUCAUGCCCUCCGUCAGGUACUCCUGCUCCCACCGGGGGUCAGGUCUCAGCAGCACUUAUUAGUUAGUUAAUACUUUAACAUUUUUACUGAAUGGAUGAUGAAUUUAUUUCAAAUCUUUUCUUGUAAAUCCUGAAAUUUCUGUUUUUUAAGUUCUCUGCUGUAACUUUUGUCCCUCUACGAUCUUUGUGCAUCCUCCAUACUGAAGCUAACACACCGUCUGUCUGUCCCGUCCUCAGGCCCCUCAGCCUCAGGCGUCCCUGCAGCGCGGCCUGUCCAACUCUGCGCGUGGCGUUCUGUCCAACUUCGCUCAGGCCUCCCAGCUGUCGGUGCCGAGCGGCCUGAUGGGGAUGGCCAGCGCCAAGCACUGCAGCAGCGGAGGAGGCAGCAGCAGCAACAGGCUGCAGCACGACAGCCGCCGCCAGAUCUACAACAUCCCAGGUAAGCAACGCACCGAACACUACCUGGAUUCAUGUCAGGAACAGGGAUGUGCCGAUAUACGAUUUAAUCGCGAUAUUAAACGGCCACGAUGAUGAAAUCGUAGGGUACUGUAAUAAUCGUUCCACAAUUAUAAUUUAAAGACGAGUGGCAGCGUCACUCAUCGGAGGUGAGCGAAGCAGAGUACUUACCAACCUAACCCUCUUGUAGUCUUACCCACGGUGUCAAAGCCUCGGUAGCAAAAUGUACAAACAACCCACCACAAAAAUAGUCCCAAAUCCAAAACAAACUCUCGAAUUAAGUACAUUAAUGCCAGCCUGACAAAAAAGGGAACACUAAAAGAGAAAAUGAAGAAAUUUUACAACAAAAUGCCACCCACAAUGCAUUGUGGCCACCCAAAGCACUGUUCCAAUCUGUAGGUUAUGCCGUAAGGGAGUUGCAGCGCCGUUGUCUAACACUUCAAACCUACGUGCCCACCUCCGUGAACACCAUCCAGCAUCGUUCACCCAAAUCAAGGUAAAAACAACAUGGCCGCAACAAGUUUGGUCUUCUCUACUGCUUAUUAUUGACAACGUUAGUGACGUUUCUGCUAAGUUUAGCUCCGAAAAGCUAAUGCUCCCAACGUCGUGUUAGCUGCCUCUUGCUCAUAUUGUUUGUGCGUCGCAAUUUUUUGCCGUUUUUAAUAACAUUAAAAGCAAUGCGCUAAUAUCGUGAUAAUAUCAUGAAUCGUGAUUUUUUGGCCACCAAUAUCAUGAUAUGAAAUUUUUAUAUAGGCACAUGACUACUGUUAUGAAUAUCUGAUGGAUUUCAAGACCAGGACAAGCUGCUCAGUCUGAGAAAAGUUUACCUGUUUGUUAAUAUUUUUACAUAUUUCCUCCCUCUCUAUCUCUCUCUGUCUCUCUCUCUCUCUCUCUCUCUCUCUCUCUCCAUCUCUCUUUCUCUAUCUCUAUCUCUCUCUCCCACCUCAGGGUUAAAUAUCGCCUACCUGAACCCGGCGGCAGUUGGUCAUAAGAGCUCCAGCUUAGCGGACCGGCAGAGAGAGUACCUGUUGGACAUGAUCCCACCUCGAUCCAUAUCGCAGUCCAUCACCGGACAGAAAUGAGCCCCGCCCACCCCACCCCUCCUCCCAAAGCCCCCGCUUACCUGCCCUCCUACCCUCAAACUGAAGCACUCCCAGAUCAACCCUCCCCCUCCCCCCAUCGCAUGCAGUGCCUGUCCGUGUGCCUACCUGAACCCAUGAGACCCACCGAGUCGGACAAAGACACUAAACUGUCAGUGCAUCUCAAACCUUCUUCUUAUAGUCGAAUCUUCUUUGUCAGCGUUGUUUAACGAUUAUAAUUCCCAUUAUUCUUGCUGUUGGUAGCACUAUUAUUAUUAUUAUUAUUAUUAUUAUUAUUAUUAUUAUUAUCAUUCUACCUGAAUCUACCAUUUCUGCUUCAGUUCUUUUCGAUUAUUUGCUUUUUUCCUUUUUCCAUGUCCUUUUUUUUUUUAUUCCUUUUUCGUUCCUCUGCCUUCUCUCCUGGAGCGUCGGUGGAUCAUCGUAGAGCCUCUAGGCCUCAAUCAUCCAGGAUUUAUUUCUCCUCUGAUUAAAAAGCUCUCACGUGAACAUUGCUAGUAACAGAAGAUCAACAGGGUGCAUUCUGGUUGCUAUGCAACAUAAAGUUUAACAAGUUUGAAGCUUUGUAAAAAGUGUUAGCGCGCUAACUUGAAGAGACAAAGUGGAAAAUUUUGAGGACAGAACCGGAAAAGUUGUAAACGGCUCUGCUCGCUCUUGAAAAGAGGACGAGGAGUCUCUCUUCUGGGGGGGGGCACACACUUGUUUCAUCUCAUGGUAAAGGGUCGAAAAAAUCCAGAGGAGACCCGCUGAAACCAGAGAAAAUCAACUGGAACUGACUGACGGACGAAGCAGAGAGAAACCUUCCGGAUCAUUCUCCGUCAUCUCCAUCCUUUCUUCAUUCAGCCUCUCCUGGUCCAGGACGUUAGCAGACGUUAGCGAUGGACGUACGCGGGACAAUCUGUGAUAAUCAGGACGGACAGAAACGCUCAGACUCCGGCUCAGAGGAGGCCAGAGGACGAUCCAGUAUUCACAGUGGAAGAAACGAGUGUAUUCUCCCUCCAUCUCAUCUCACCUCCUUCCCCGACUCCCCCUUCUCCCCUCUCUCCCUUCAGUUCUCCAGUAUGCACAGACUGAACCCUUCGGCUCCUCUCGGCAUCACGCUCUUUGAGAAAGUGGAAAGAACUUCAAUCUGAAGGUGGAGCACUGUGUGUGCGUCCAGACCUCAGAUUCUGUACCUAAACCCAGAGAGUCUGGGCUCCUCUUCUUCUUAUAUUUUAGAUUGUUUUCUGAUCGUCCCCCUCCUCUCCCCUUUUUUCUUUUCUUUAUUUUUUGGUUUCUUCAUUUCUUUGUGUUUUUUGCGGCGUCUCCUAAUGAAUGGGGGGCGUACCUGAGAGGUGUCAGCCCCCGGAGACGAUAAUAAUCAACAUAGCUAAAAACAGAAACUAUUGAAAUAUCUGUAUGGAUUAUGUAUAGGUACCUAGCUUCAGAGGAAAACAAGGAUGUGGAUUUUAUCCUUUUAUGGGAGAGACACGGAUCAAUCAUGGUGUGCAUGCUCUGCACACACCUGGCCUCACUCCAGAGGAGCACUUUGCAUCUUUCCAAUUGGAAAAACUUUUUUUAAAAAGAGGAAUAGAUUGUUACACAGAGGGCGGCUCAGGUCUGGAUACUCGACCAUGUUUUGGACCAUGAACGGUUUCAUCCCGGUGUACUCUGAUGGUGUUGGUCUCUGUCAGUGUUGGGCUCCUUUUGGGCUCCGGUCUGAGCACAUGUCUGGGGUUCUAUGCAGCAUCACCCUCAGUAACUGCAGAGUCAGUUUAAGUCAAAUAUUCAACUUUUCAAAGCAUCUAAACUCAGAUCCCAGAGGUCUGGACCCACAGCAAAUCCACUGCAGGAUCUCUACCCAGGGACCAGGAACUUUUUGACAAACACACGUGCUUUAACAUUAACUGGUAUCUUCAUUUAGUUUCGGGGACUUCACAUCCAGAAGAAGUUCCUGCUCAGGUCGAGUCAAGAAAAAGUGUAAAUCUGACGUUUGAAGCUGUCUGCACAGAUCUGUUAUCUGUGAGCACCGAGCUCAGUCCACUGUCGAAAACAUACUAAUCUGAUUCAGAUCACAAGAAAGCCCCAUAUGUAAACUUCACCCACUCACCUGCCAGGUGUACUAACCAUAGACUGUAUAAGCUUUGCUGGUGGAGGCGGGAUUUAUGACCUAUACUGCAGCCCGUCAACAGAGGGUGCUGUUCUCGGAGUGGCUUCACCCAACAAGGAGGCAGACUCUGUUCAUUCUAUGUACAGUCUAUGGUAGUAACUAAGUGUCAAACUGGAUCCUUGACCCUUUAAAAGAAAGUCCUGGGGCACUAAAAGUUCCUGGUACUCUGGGGAGAGCAGAAUAUUCACUCAUUGAACAUUUAAAUGAGCCAAACCAACAGAGAAAGAGGAUUUCAGAGGUGUAACGUGAAGGAAAACCAGAGCGUUCAGGUCCAUCACUGACCCAAAGACCAACUCUGUCACAGAGCGUUACAGGUGACCUAACACACCUUCUGGCAGCCAUGUUGGAUUCUUUCAGUUGUCUGUUUCUUUGUGCGCUUUUUUUUCUUCAGUGAGACAUUUUAAAACAACAGCAUUUAAAUUAAAAGUGAAACUAAAGCACUUCAAAAAAAGACUUGAUUGGCUAAGCACUUGUGUCUUCAAAGCACAUGUUUUAUGGCUCAGAGUCACUUUGGUUUAAAAAGUGAAAAAGUUCUUCUGUGAUUUCGAUUCGAUCUGGAUCAGCACUUGAACUACAACUAUAUGAACACUCAGCUCUGAUGUGAAGUGGGAUGAAGCUGACACCUCUGAGUGUCUUUAGCUCUAAUUAAAUACCAAAUAAGACAGUUUCAUGUUACCAGGGGGUCAGUCUAGUCUAAAUCCUCCCCGCUCUAAAUGACCAUCAGGCUGAAAAGUAGCGGCUGAGACCACAAACGCACGAGUAAAUUUUAAUUAGGAGAAUAAAUCAGCUGAGGAGCAGAGCUGUACUGUCAUUGAUGUGGAACAGAGGAGUCGCCCCCUGCUGGAUGUCAGAAUAUUGCAGGUUAAAGGUUCCGAUGCAGCGCUGAGCUGAUCUAAAACUCUUGAAAUCUCUCCUCCUCGUUGUCUCUGGUGGUUUUUCUUCCUUUAAAUCUCUGUCGUGUAUGUUUACCCUCGCGGACUGUCAGAUGAGUGUGUUCUGGUUUCUCUCAUCAUGAUGCAGAUUUGAAUCCAGACCUGCAGUUCCCCUCAGACUAACAGACUUUGAAACUACCUAGAGUUGAAUCACAGAUGGUGAAAAACAUCAUUUUUUUAUCCUGUAAAAAUCAAUUUUUCCUUGUUUGAAACGAAUGAAUCUGAUGUUUAAAAAUAUUCUCAUUUUUUUAUCGUCUGGGCUGAAUUUUUGCGCCUGUCACGGUUUGAUUUCAGCUUUUUUUUUCCUCCUCUCUGCAGCCAAGCUGAACCUGAAAAUCAAACCUUCCUGUCUCUCUGAUCCUUUGCAGAUGCAUCCACACACCUUUGGACCGCAGAGUCUUUUCAAAUUUGGAUUUUUAGAUUUGACAAAGUCAUUCUUUUACUCUGACGUCUGGAUUGAGUUCAGUUUUCUUUCUAUUGCAGUUUUAAAAAAAGAAACAAAUGUAUUGAUAAUGAAAUAAAUGACACGAUAUUUGCUAGGUUUGAAGUAAUAAUGACUUAUUGUACAUAAGCAUUUUUUCCUCCCUUGUACUGAAAAAAGAAAUUAAAUGGUUGUAUAUUGUGUAGAAAAGCAAACAAAAAGCCAUGAAUAUUGUGAAGCUUGUCAUUUCGUUUUGUGAUCACUGUGUAUUAUUGUGUAACAAAUGUGCAAAAUGUUUGGGAUUCUUUUUUUCCCUCCUCCUCUGCUUUUGAACGCUCCCUGGAUUAUUUCGCUUUGUUGAGGUCGAGUUUGUGUUUGCAGGAAAGUUUUUACUGGUUCGGGUGAUCAGAAUCUGCGGUCAGUUCCACAUUCGAACAUUUCUUUAGUUUCUCUGUCAGAGCGGAGAAACCGGAAUCAUCAACACCUGCACCUGAGUUUGUUUGAAGCACCAGCGUGUCACUGAUGAUAUAAACAGAGCUGUUUGAGCGUCUGGUUCAGGCUGAACUCACUGACACUUAACACAAAUCGUUUCCUCCGUCUUUUGUCCAGGCUUUAAGGCAGCCGUUUGAUGGUUAUCACUCUUACACCAAAUUAAAAGUUCGAUUCAACAUUCAUGAAAAAAAGUUUUCAACAUAAAGAUAUUGUUUUUUGUUUUUUUUUAAGGGGAAAAAAAGGUCUGAUAUUUUAUCAGACUUUUUUAUAAAUUCUAGAAUUUAACUAGACUUCUGAGGUUCUGAAAAUGAGUUAAAUUCAGAGAAAAUUUCUCUGAAAUCUGAAAAAAUUAAAGAAUUCAAAGAAAAAGUCUGAAUCCUGGAUUCUGCCUCUGAUCCCAGAACGUACCUUUUUUUUUUCACAUUUCUAAGUUUUCUAAGAAUUCUGGAUCAAAGACAGAAUUUUAAUGCUCAGAAUACAAAGACAUUUGGUCUCUCAAGAUCAAAGUUGAAAUCCUGAAUUCUUGAUUUUUUUCACCUAAUUCUGACUUUGACUAAGAGUUUGAAGAAAAAAUGAAGCACUUUGGGAUUACUGUUUUUUUUUAUUCAAAACCAAAGUCCUGAAUCCUGAGAGAAAUGUAAAAGUCUGAGAAAAUUUGUAAUGGUUUCAGGGCAGAAUCAGAAUUCUGCCUUUUUUUUUUUUUUUUUAAUCUGGAAAAAAUUGGGAUCAAAGUCUAAUCUAAAUUCUGAUAUUUUUUAGAAUUCAAGUAAAAAACUCAAAUGAUGAAAAAAAGAGAAACCUGAAAGAAAAUCUCCCCUCUUCCAACUUUAUCCUCAAAUUUAAUUUUAGACCACUGUUAUUUUUCUCUUCUGCCAGCAAUAUGUCCACUUUCCUGCUGCAGAUAAUGUCUGUUUCUUUACCGCCCUAAUCAGACAAAUUUCCCCCUUAAAUACAAACUUUCUUCAGUUGAAGAGUUUGAAAGAAUUACAAUCGGCAGUCAAAAUCCAGGGCUUUUGAAGCUGAUGUUUCCUUAGCUCUUCGCUUUUUCUCAGUUUUUACAGUUAUUGACGUUUUUAAACCUGAUCAAGUUUAAAAUAUUAAACUAAACUUUUAUCCUCAGUCCUCCAGGAGUCAAGCAUCAACACUUCACCACCUCAUGUGUUUGGAUAGAUUUCAGAGCUCCUGUCAGUUUUAGGCCAUCAGUAUCAUCCCAACUUUCCUCUCCCAUACAGCGUCCUCUGCUGGUAGGGGUUGGUAUGAAGAUGUUUCAGGCAGUCAGGCCACAUAGUCCUUUUUGAAGUACAUAUGAAUUUUUUUAAGCUGUCUGACAAACUUACACAUUUACAUCUCUGAGUUUUCGACUGAGGUGCAGCGCUCUGUUGACUCUGUCUCAGUAAUUCUCGCUCUGACAUUAUCAGUGUUUUUGUUUUUGUUUUGACCCUGAAUCAGCUAUGACUUUCUGCAAACCUCCCUUCCUCUCUGUUCUGCUUUUCUCUGUUGUGGCUCAUGCGGAGUCACACUUACCCGCAGAUUCAGUUUUUAUAAACUCACCUGUAGAGGCGUUUCUUUUUGCUUCAAAUGUCGACAAAGUUAGAUCGAGUUCUGGGGAGGCAGAAACACACGAAAAUUUGAUGGAGCGCAGACUUGCUGAAGUCAAUUUUUGUUUUGCUGACAUCAAUCCUGACCUUUUGCACAUACUUGAUAUUUAACGGUCUUCAAAAAAAGUCAAAAGAAAAUAAUGCUGUUUGAAUACUGCCAGUUGAUUGACAAUUAUGCAUUGAUUGAAAAAAUAAGCUAAUUUUGGAGGAAAUAACUUUGUAAUAUUUAUCUCUUGCAAGCUAUGUUUAAUAAAGGUUGAAACAAUUUGCUUCCAUGUGUGAAUUUAUUCAACUUUAUUCAGGAAACUUAUUCUUUGUGAUUAUAUUUUAUUUAAAUAUAUGUAACCGUGUUAAUAAUGGAGUACCUCAGGGAACCAUACUUGGACCUUCAUUUUGUGAAAAAUGGACAGUGCAGUAGCUGCCUCAAGUUGAGAUAAAACAUUAGGCUUUCCCUACACUGACCAGCUGCAGUUUAGGUGAAGGUCAAAGGCCCCACCCCCUCCAUGGGAACAGAUGAGUUUUGGUUUCUGGCUUCUGUCACAAUGAACGCUAACCAUGUGGAUUUAUGUCCAAAAGCUAAGUUUAUUUUAAGUAAGUUAUUCAUGAGGACUUUAAAACUAUGAUUGACAGCUCUGUGCGUACUAGAUUAUUAGAGAAGAGGAGAAACAGUGAGAGGAAACAAAAGUUAUAACACAAGAGUCCAUGAAAUGUAAGUGUCUUCUGCUCCAAACCCACAUGAGAACCUGUUCUGCUGUGAACCAGACCCAGCUGAGGGAGCUUUAACCUUGUCUGGAGGUUAAAUGAAAUUCUAAAGAUGUAAUUCAAGCAAACCCAUUGUCACUACCCAAUAUGUCCUGGAAACCCGAUUUGUACAGCACAUGUGCGAAAUGUACGUCACUUUCUCUACGAGCCAGCUUCAGCGUCAGCGAGCUCGCUUCAAUAAAGAUUUUCCUAAAUUUAUAGUGAACCCAGAUACACAUGGCUCAGAGGGGAAAAAAAGACUGAUUUAGACUCCUGGGGUUAAAGGUUUGAACCCUUAUCCAGGGCAAGAUGAAAUUUAAAGUCCAGUGUCUAGAGAGGAGAGUGAGAGAGGAAACAAACAAACUCCUCCUGUGUAUCCAAGUGGCUCAGGGGAUAAGAAGACUGACUGUGACUCUUGAGGUGGUAGGUUUGAGUCUUAUCCAGGGCAAGGAGAGGACACAAACAGAAUAUCCAUGUGGCUCAGAGGAUAAAAAGCCUGACUGGGACUCCUGAGGCUGUGGGUUCGAGCUUCACCUUACCCUAGUUGAGAAGAAUUUUAAAGUCCAGUGCCUAGAAAGGAGAAUGAAAGAGGAAACAAACGGAUUCCUUCGGUGUGUCCACAUGGCUCAGAGGAAAAGGAGACUGACUGUGACUCCUGAGGUUGUGGGUUUGAGCCUUUCCUUACCCAGGUUGAGGAGAAUUAAAAAGUCUACUGUCUACAAAGGAGAGCGAACGGGGGUGGGGGGUUGUGAGGCAGGAAGUCAACAGGGGCUAAAGUUUCAAAGAAACCAAAGAGAAAAAGAAAUCUUUUAGCUUGUAGUUUUUUUUUCCCUCCUCUCCAAUAAAAGUGAGUAAAAACCUUUAUUUAGAUUAGCUAGAGUAUAAGUCACAAUCUACUGAUAGAACACAACUCUGGACUUGGACUUAAAGCUUAUAUUUCUUUGCAGCAUUCUUUGUGAGUGGGUAAUAAAUGAAUGAAAAAUAAAAAAUCUGUUUAGAUUCACUCCUUUUUCAAUCAUUCUUACAAAACUGUAGGCUGACCGUAGAAAGGAAUAACAUCACAAUUUCAUACUACAAGUAUGUUUCUGUCAGAUACAAAGGUGUAAUAAUUUACUGAAUCAUCCAUGAAUAUAUUGACGAAGACUUAUAAAAUGUGUUGGUAUAUGAUUUUUAUUAUAAAUUAAGUAAAUUAUAAUUAAAUAGUAAUCAUUAUUUAUAGCAGGGCAGUUCUAUUUAGAAACAGCGCCCUCUAGUGGACAUUUAUAUUUGAUAGAGUUUUUUUUUGUUUUGUUUUGUUUUGUAGAAACCACCACAGUUCACAGCUAGAAUUAAAGAUUUAAAGAUGAAAAUUUCUUACUAUUGUUUGCGUAAUAUUGCUGAUUAUUUUUUUGUACUUUAAGACCACUUGUUUAAUUUUGUCCAUAUUUAGCUGGUUUCAAAACAACAUUAAAUAAAAAUGUGUCUGCUUUAGCAAUACAGUAACUUUAAAGUCAUGACAAAAAACCUUAGACUGAUUCAAUUUACAGAAACAUUUUCAGGAAUGUCAAUUAUACUUCUGCUUUUGUUUUUUCAUGCAUUGAAUUAAAUUUAAAAAAUACAAUAAUGUCACCUGAUUUGUGAUUUUUGGUGAAUAAAUAAAUUAAUAGUAACCCUGAUGUUUCGACCUCUAAAACACUGAUGAACUUUAAAAACACAGAUGAUAACACCACCUGAGAGUAUCCACUGCUCUGUUUGAUGAUCCUCCUCUUCUUCCAAAAUGUCAAGUCCAACUGCAGGAACCUGUGCCAUAAAAUACAACAUAGAAAUCAACAGAAUUCAAGUUUACUUUGUGUUAAACUUGACCACAUUUGUGUAAAGAGCUCUCUGUUUCUCUGUUAAGGGCAUAAACAGUGAAGAGGAUGAUUGACAGCUAUCCACUGAAGAAGCAGAGAAACUUUUCCCC